CCACCACCCUCAAUCAGUAAUCCCCCCUGCCCCCCCUCCCCCACUCACCACUAUGGCUAGUGAUGUCCCAUACUGGCUGGCUGAGCACCAUGGGAGUUGCAGUGCUGGCAGUGGGAGUGUCAGUGGGCGUGUCAGUGGGUUUGUCUGCCCACGUGGUGUGUGACGUAGCAGUGUCAGCAUGGCGGAGAGGGAGAGUAACGGGCUGCCCCGGGCCGGCUCUGUGACCUCACUGUCCCAGGCUCUCUCCCACACCCGGCUGGACCUGCUGGACCAGGACAACAUGGCGGCCGCCCCCCCCCGGCCCAGCGCCCCCCCGGCCAUCCGCAAACGGAGACUGUCCAAGAGCCAGAGCCUGUCCGGCUCCCUGGAGAGUCUGAACGGCAUGGCCAGCGAGGCCAGGGUGCUGGUCAUCAACACCGGGGGCACCAUCGGCAUGACGGUCCACAACGAGGGUAAUAAUCAUCAUCAUAAUAAUAAUAAUACCGGGGGGAUAGUGGGAGUGGGAGUCCGGGGGGGGGCACCAUCGGCAUGACGGUCCAUAACGAGGGUAAUAAUCAUCAUAAUAAUAAUAAUAAUACCGGGGAUAGUGGGAGUGGGAGUCCGGGGGGCACCAUCGGCAUGACGAUCCACAAUGAUAAUCAUAAUAAUACCCGGGGGGAGAGUGGGAGUCCAGAGUGAAGGUGAGAGUACAGGGGAUCAUGGGAAUGGUAGUCCAGCGUGAAGGUGAGAUUAUAGGGGAUCAGGAAGGUGAGGGCACCAUGGGAAUGGUAGUGAGGUUGCGGGUUGCCAUGAGAAUGAUAGUCCAGAGUGAAGGUGCGCUUGCUGUCCUGCUUCAUUUUCUGUAUGUAGAAGACACUAUACUAUUUAUUUAUUCAUAAAAUAUUUUACCAGGAAAGAUACAUUGAGAUUUCUCUCGUAUGUCCUGGGUACUAGACAAUAACCAGAGUAUAUGUACCUGUAUCUUACACUUGAUUACUGAACACAAAGAUAGAAACAAUGUUCAAUUAGCCAUUAUGGGGAUUAACACUAUGGGGUAGAUAUCCAGAGCAGCUCUGGGGCUAAAUUCUAAUCAUUGACAUUCCUUGGUUUCCAUGGUAAUUUCUCACUAUUAGAAAGUUGUUCCAGAAUUGCUCCUAUACAUAACCCCAGUUGCUGCAGACUUUCUUUUAUUAGGAUCUAAUCAGGCCAGCGGGGGCUUAUAUUUUUAUUUUACGAUUUGUACAGGUGAGUUUACAAACACAUGGAUGCAACAGGUCCCUGUCUGCUAAUACCUAUAUUAUGGUAGACUGCCAAGCAGUGACAAUAGUAAAAUCUAAAUAUGCAAAAUAUCAAUGGCUUGCGGUUAGAAUUUGUUUUGUUUCCCAAGAUAGAAUUGCUGGCAUUUCAGUGGGAUCCCUUGGAGCUAUAGUACUUGUUAUUACACAGUAGGGAGUGUGUAACCUGAUCUCCCCAUCUGCCUCUCCUGAAGUUUCUUUGUUUUAUCUUACUUGCCGGAGGUGCAGCUAUUUCUAGUUUUUGCUGGCCGCUUGGCUAAUGAAAAAUGUCCAGUAAGCUGAGAUAAACCAGAUCUAGUAUAUAAAACAUGUCGAACAAAAAUCUGGUGCAAUGUAUAGUUUUGUUUUAAAUAUUAAAGCCUUUAUUUAUAUUUGCGAAUGCGUGCGAAGAUCCUUGGUUAUACAACUUAAAGGGACACCCCAGGCACCCAGACCACUUCUGCCCAUUGGAAUACUCUGGGUGCCAACUCCCACUACUCUUUUUUUAUAAACUGCAAUAAUUACCUUGCAGGGUUAACUCCACCUCUAGUGGCUGUCUACUAGACAGCCACUAGAGGGCACUUCCUGGAUCAUAGCACAGGAAAACUGUGCUAGAGCGUCGCUGGACGUCCUCACGCUGUGUGAUGACCUCCAGCGUCGCUCAUUUCCCCAUAGGAAAGCAUUGAAAAGCAUUUUCAAUUCUUUCCUAUGGACAGCUCUAAUGCGCCGCGCUGAUCCGGCCGGUGGGCGGGAUCAGUCUCGCACACCAGCCGACGCAAUCACAUGGAGGAGCGGCGGUGGAGGAAGAAGCAGCGACGUUUGACAUAUCGCUGCCUCUGGUAAGUCACUGAAGGGGUUUUCACCCCCUUCAGCAACCGGGGAUUGGGGGUGGGAGGGAGAGGGCACCUGCAGUGCCAGGAAAACGGAUUGUUUUCCUGGCACUGGAGUUUCCCUUUAACAAAAUAUUUCUGCCUGGUGUUUUCUAAUGGAGUGGCGUUUGGUUUCAGUGGUGGCUUAAAUGUGAUAGUGGCUUGUUUUGUUGAGAUUUUAGUUCUUCACUCCUACAUUGCAUUUUGUGCUUUAAAAAACAAAAACAGACAUUUAUGGUGGACUGUUUAUAGGAACAUUUCAUGCACCAUAUCUAUUACAACUCUCUUUAGUGGUUAUGGUGCCAGUAUCCUGCGCCCCUCCUCCCCCUUCUUUCAUUGAAAGUAUUCAAACCAUUUUAGAAUGGUUUGACUUCUUAUCUCGGGUACGCAAUGCCCCACUUUUCUACUAAUGCUGGGAUUCUACAUGUUCCUAAGUAAGGAUUUCUUAUAAAACAGAGCCAAUUCCCUGCAGCCGUCACUGGUGACGACUGUCGUGAUUGACACUGUAGCUCAGACAAGCGUCUAGGAAAGUCAGGCGGAGGAAAUACACAGAUACAAAGUAGCAUGAUUUACGUUAAAGGACCACUAUAGUGCACGGAAAACAUACUCUUUUUCCUGGCACUAUAGUGCCCUGAGGGUGCCCCCACCCUCAGGGACCCCCUCCUGCCCGGCUCUGGGGAGAGGAAGGGGUUAAACUUACCUCUUUCUCCAGCGCCCGGCGGGGAGCUCUCCUCCUCUUCGGCUGAAUGCGCAUGCGCGGCAGGAGCUGCGCGUGCAUUCAGCCAGUCUCGUAGGAAAGCAUUUCUAAUGCUUUCCUAUGGACGCUUGCGUCUUCUCACUGUGAUUUUCAUAGUGAGAAGCACGCAAACGCCUCUAGCGGCUGUCAAUGAGACAGCCUUUAGAGGCUGGAUUAACCCAUUUAUAAACAUAAAAAAAAGGGUUAACCCUAGCUGGACCUGGCACCCAGAUCACUUCAAUAAGCUGAAGUGGUCUGGGUGCCUAGAGUGGUCCUUUAAGCAAGGGCUUGACCUGUUCUGGAUAUCUUGCCCUUCUACCUGUUUGAUCGACUGAAAUUUCAGUUAUUCACAACCUCUCAUACUCGCACACGCAUCGAUAUAAAAAUUCAUUUAAGAGUACAUACAAGCUCAAUGCUUUCUCUAUAAAGAGUUUUGAGAAACGCUUUGCUCAAUUGCUAACUUUUAGGAAGCGACAGUUCCUCUUUAAUACUUUUAAUGUGCGCAGAGAAAAUAGAUUGUAGAUUAAAGUGUGCGAAGCAUGCGAAGGGCAGGGUCAGUGUCUUCUGGCACUUUAUGGUUUUAUCUUUUUCUCAUUAUCAGGGAAUGUUUUGUAAUAAAACAUUUAGAGAUAUUAAACAGGACUGCUUACUUUUGGUUUUAGUUAGUCUCGAUGUAUUCUGCUGCCACCCUUUUUAAGAGCCGUUCCUAGCACUCUAGAUUGCAGCAAAUCGCACGGUCCCCCAAGCACACUGACCCCACUCUUAUAUCUGAGAGUGGCUUAUAUUCGUUAUUUGUAAACAUUUGUGCUGCUGCUAUAAGACGGCCUACUAGGGCUGUCACUCAGGCAUUAGGUUACACAGUUCCAGAUUUUCAGUGUAAGUUUUGCCACUCUUGCGUGCAGCACUCUGCUCCCUGGAGUGUGUGACCAAGUGCCCGAGUGACAGCCCUAGUAGGCCGUCCUUAUAGCAGCAGCGAUGUUUACAAACUACGCAUGUGCGGUUUAUGGCUUUCAAGAUGGUAAAACACAGCGCAAUUCACUGGGCUGUGUACAGAGUAUAUCAGGUUAUACUAUGAGGUGAUGCUAGUACAGGAUCAUGUAGCUGCCUUGGGCCAAGGUUUAGAUGGGGGCCUGGAAACUAUGAAUUUGCCAUCCCUUUAUGAAGAAUGAUGGAAGUAAACUGUCUGACAUUUUGAAGGUCCGCUUGUCUGGUUAUAAAACCUUAUGGUUAACAAGAGCCAGUGUACGUUCACUAAUCGUGAUCUCUCAUAUAAGCACAGAGCAUUCCCAAAACACACUCCAGGAUGUUCCCAGAACUUCAAAAUCUGUGUCCUAAUAGAUAAAGAGCUAAAUAAGGGCGCACACAGAGUGAGGGUAAGCCAGGAAAUGCAGUUAAAAGUUACUAACUUAUGCUUGUUUAUUUCAAUAUAAACCCUAACGGAGUCUGUACUACACCAAGUCUUCUAUUUUCACCCAUAACAUCUUUUGUUUCCUUCAAGGCGUGAUUUGGUGAUGUCAAUGUCCUCUACUUCCCUGGAACUCCUGAGGAAUGGCUUAGUAGAGCUUAAUGAACAUCCUUCUGACAAAACCAAUUACAUUAAUGCACCUUCACAAAGUAUUGCACCAGGAUGAAUCUAUUGCGAUAUCCGUGUGACUCACAGGAUACACUAUAAUGCUUUAGAAACAUUCUAUUUCUCUGAGAAUUACACAUAUUGAUACAACACCUAUAAUUUGUAUUAAGAUGACGGCGUCCAUUUGCCGGAUAAAGAGCUUUGGAUUUUUACAAGUAAUUUUAUUUUUCACACCUUACAAACAUACAUUUGUUAAAUGCAUUAGUAAACGUAAUAUUAAAAAUCCUGUGAGGUGUUACGUUCCUUUUUAAGACAAUUUUUAUUUAUUUUUUUUGCUUCAUAUUUAUUUCAUAGAUUCCGAACACUAAUCUGAAAAUAGUCUGUGCCAAGCCUUUUUUAAUCUUCUCCUUCUUUUGUGCUGUAAACAAUAGAUUCUAAUCCAUUUCGGAAAUAUAUCUAUAGAUAAGUUAAUGGUUUUUUUGUAAACUGAGAACCUACUUUAUUUAUUAAUUGUAGCUGAGACGUUGCAAACGUAUUUAAAGGACCACUAUAGUGCCAGGAAAACAUACUUGUUUUCCUGGCACUAUAGUGCCCUGAGGGUGCCCCCACCCUCAGGGACCCCCUCCCGCCCGGCUCUGGAAGGGGGAAAGGGGUUAAAACUUACUUUUUUCCAGCGCUGGGCGGGGAGCUCUCCUCCUCCGAUCCUCCUCUUCUCCUCCCCGUCGGCUGAAUGUGCACGCGCGGCAAGAGCUGCGCGCGCAUUCAGCCGGUCACAUAGGAAAGCAUUUACAAUGCUUUCCUAUGGACGCUUGCGUGCUCUCACAGUGAGAAGCAUGCAAGCGCCUCUAGCGGCUGUCAGUGAGACAGCCACUAGAGGCUUUAGAGGCUGGAUUAACCCUAAUAUAAACAUAGCAGUUUAUCUGAAACUGCUAUGUUUAUGAAAAAAUGGGUUAACCCUAGCUGGACCAGGCACCCAGACCACUUCAUUAAGCUGAAGUGGUCUGGGUGCCUAGAGUGGUCCUUUAAAAUGCAAGAAAGAGAAGGAUGGUUAAAGGGAAACCUGUACCAUUUACCUUGGCCCCUGCUCCUCCGCCGCAAUAUCAUUUAGAGGGGUGGGGAUUACACGAAUAUAACCCCCACCUGGGUCCUCCCGCACUCAUCCUCUGCUGUUUACUGACUUGCCUUGCGAGGGGACACUCUCCCAAGCCGGCAAACCUCCUCAGUGACACCAACAUGCUGGCUUCGUUGCCAGACUGCCACUGUCUGAGCAAUGUGAGGUCAUGUCAUCCCGUUCCUAUCCCUAGUCGGCACUUGCAGCACCGAUUAAGCAGUUUCCACAGCAACCACAACGCACACACUGCUAUUGUUAUUAAUAUUACUGGCAUUUAUAAAGCAACAACAUAUUUCGCAGCGCUGUACAAUUUGGAAAAUCAUACAAUAUAAACAGACCGGUACAAAAGAUAGAAGUCCCUGCCCGUGAGCUUACAAUCUAAAGGUAAUGCUAUGGAUGCCUUCAUUUUGAUGCAAUAGUUUUAGCCAAAAAAUUGUAGAAAAUGUGUGGUGGUAAUUUUUUAAUUUUCAUUGUUACACACACAUUUGUGUGUGAUUUAGGAGAGCCUGUUGUUGGUUAUUGCAAGAAAACACUCCAGGUAGUUUUCUGCAAGGCCUCCUGAGUACACCCACGCCCCCCAUGCGUAGGUUUGCCAGGAUUUUGGGAAGGUACGAUUACAAUUGUAUGACUUGUAAUUUGAGUUGAAAUUGAGAGUAUUUCUUCUGAUAGGCCUAUCUUUAGCUAGGGGCUUAUCACGCACCCCAGUUUUAUUUAUUGCCAUGAAAGUGUGUAUAUUUGAAACGUAGACACCCCGAGGUAUUGUAUAAGUAGUGCUUUGAUGCAACUUUUUUAGCAAAAAAAUAUAUAGAGAGUGUGGUGGUAAUUUUUCAUUUUUACACACAUAAUGCUUUUUGACUGUGAUUUAGGAGAGCCUGUUGGUUAUUGCAAGAAAACACUCCAGGUUGUUUUCUGCAAGGCCUCCUGAGUACACCUAUGUCAUACAUAGGUUAAACGUAACCAAAAAAAACCGAACAACAAAUGUAAAAAAAAAAAAAAAAAAAUUUAAAAACUAAAAAUGGACCAGCGUGUGGUAUUGUUUGAAGCAGUCCCCAAUGCAGAGUCCAGGCUGUCCAGGGCAAUUAGUACAAUAAUAUACAGUAUCUUUUCUCUGCCUCCUCUUUAAACAGACUGUCAUGCCAAAAGCAUGAGUUGGUAUUUGAUGUGUGUUUAUAUAUGUUAAGAGUUGUUUUUUGUAAACCUUGGGAUGACAUUUAUUGUGGUCUUUGAUCUUGCACGAGGCCUAGACCAUAAAACAUCUAGAUAGCCAUCACCAGAGCUGGACACAAGGAAUUUCAUAGAGUGGGCAAUAGACUGCCAGACCAGCCCCCUCUGAUUCCCCCCCCCAGGGGUCUGCCCACUGAGAAACAACUAGUUUAGAUAUAUGAGGGUGUUGGACUAUCCAGGGAAGUCAGUUAUUCAUUUUUCUUUUGUCAGUAACUUCUAGGAGCUAUACCAUCUAAGACUCCUACAAGAAUUCUAUAUGGGGUAAAUAUAUGUAAGGAAUUUCUUGUGUUUUCUCCUAUUUUAUUUUAUGUACUGUUUUGCAAUUUGUUAUCUGUAUGUCAUUUAUUUCUGUAUUUUGUACUCAGCACUGUGAAUCCUUUUGUCAGAUUAAAUGUUUACUUAAUCAGCUUGUGUCUCUGUUCUCUAUGAGCUUCACUCUCCAGAGGAAAGCUCAGGUAAACACGUUACCAAAAGGGGUUAACUACCGUAUAUACUCGAGUAUAAGCCGAGUUUUUCAGCACAUUUUUUGUGCUGAAAAACCCCCACUCGGCUUAUACUCGAGUCACUGUCUGUAUUAUGGCAAUUUACAUUGCCAUAAUACAGACUGGGGGCUGGCAGUGAGCUGUUACUUACCUCUCCUGCAGCUCCUGUCAGCUCUCUCCUCCUCCGUGCCGGUCCGGUCAGCACCUCAGUCAGCUCCCAGUGUAAGUCUCGCGAGAGCCGCGGGGUCAUAGUGCGGCUCUCGCGAGACUUACAGUGUGAGCUGACAGAGGACCUGCACGGACCGGCGCGGAGGAGGAGAGAGCUGACAGGAGCUGCAGGAGAGGUAAGUAACAGCUCUGCCAGCCCCCUUCCUCCCCCCACUGAACUGCCAAUGCCACUGGACCACCAGGGAAGGAGAGCCCCCCUCCCUGCCAUGUAUCAAGCAGGGAGGGGGGACAAAAAUAAAUACAUUAAUAAUAUAUAAAUAAUUAAAAAAAUAAUAUAACCAAAAAAAUUAAAAUAAUAUUAACUAAUAAUAUAUAAAUAUAAAUAAUAAUAAAAAAAUAAUUAAAAAAAAUAAUAUAACAAAAAAUUAAAAUAAUAUUAAUUAAUAUAUAAAUAAUAAUAAAAAAUUAUUAAAAAAAUAAUAUAACCAAAAAAAUUAAAAUAAUAAAUAAUAUUAAUUUUUUUAUUUAUUUUUUUAUAAAAAUGCCCACCCCCCACCAAGGCUCUGCAACACACACACACACUGCAUCACACACACACACACACACUGCACUCAUACACACUGCAUUCACACACACACUGCAUUCAUAUACACACACUGCAUUUAUACACACACUGCGCACUCACACACACACACUGCAUUCAUACACACACUGCGCACUCAUACACACUGCGCACUCACACACACUGCACUCAUACACACUGCAUUUAUACACACUGCAUUCACACACACACUGCAUUCAUAUACACACACUGCACUCAUAUACACACUGCAUUUAUACACACACACUGCACUCAUACACACACUGCGCACUCAUAUACACACUGCAUUUAUACACACACUGCGCACUCAUACACACACUGCACUCAUACACACUGCAUUCACACACUGCACUCAUAUACACACUGAGUACUCAUACACACACUGCACUCAUAUACACACUGCAUUUAUACACACACUGCGCACUCAUACACACACUGCACUCAUACACACUGCAUUUAUACACACACACUGCAUUCAUCAUAUACACACACACUGUAAAUAAAUAUUCAAUUAAUAUAAUUUUUUUAGGAUCUAAUUUUAUUUAGAAAUUUACCAGUAGCUGCUGCAUUUCCCACCCUAGUCUUAUACUCGAGUCAAUAAGUUUUCCCAGUUUUUUGGGGUAAAAUUAGGGGCCUCGGCUUAUAUUCGGGUCGGCUUAUACUCGAGUAUAUACGGUAUAUAUGUUUUAUCAGUAAAAGUAGAACUGUGAUACUAUAAUUCUCCUGUGUGUGGGGUAACCUAAGACGCCCGGGUUUAAAAGUCUUGGUGGUGGCAGUAGUACUAAGGGGGAUAGUGUAGAAGGGAUUGCAGGGGUUAAUUGAGUGGUUGCUGGGACUAGCAACAGGUAACCAGGGGUCUGGUGUCAUUAACUCUGUCACUUCCACACUCUCCCCACUGUCUCGGCUGGGCCUAUAGCCCACGCACGUGACACAGACUCUGCAUCUUUUUUGGGGAUUCUGCUUUUCCGCAGUAGGGGGGAUUUUAGAAAUAAAAUGUGUAGCCCCAGCUCCCAUCACCGCCCGGGGAGCAGGUGCAUCACGGCACAAAAUCCCCAAAAUGAUUUGGAGCUGAACCUGUAAAAAAAAAAAAAGUCAGUUGCAUUCCGGGGUUUGCUUUUGUGCACAACAAAAAAAAAGCGUUGUGGGUUGCAAUCUGCAUUAAGUAGAGUGCAACCUUUUUGUACCAGGCCCUUGUCUUCCGUAUAAUUAGGUUGGGCUGUAGCAGCUGAUCUGCCAGAUCAACCCCACCCAUAUACCGGUUAUAGGCCUUGAUGCACACUGGCUUCCUUGUGCUCUCAGCUCUGCCACGUACAAGGAUGGCAUACGCCUCCUCAGCGCUAUACGACCUCGGUGACAUGAUCACAUUUACUUUACUUUGUGAUCUGUCACCCCUUACAAAAUGCACAGACAGCAAAAUAAGUGCUGCUGUGCAAGAGCCAGUGAUUAUAGUGAUCACUGGCAAGAUAGGGGUUAACAGCUCUGGGUCUCACAGUUUUACAAAUCCCUACCUAAAUCUCUCCCUACCUAAAACACAGAUCUCUCUCACUAAAGCACAAGUGAAGAGAGGGAGGAAGAGGUGGGGGCUGGGGGGAGGAGAAGGGGUUAUAACUCACAUUUAUUUAAUUUAAGAAUUUUUUUUUUAAUGUUUUAAAAAAAUUUUUAUCUCGAGGCACUCCGCACAGACAGAGCAUCGGAAGCCUGCCCGAUGGCUUCUGAUGCUCUGCUUAACUGCCGGGCGCUAUGUGGAGCAACCCGGAAGUGAUCACCCGGCAGUAAGGAGAGGUAUUGCACAAUGCCUCGACAUCGAGGCAUCCCUGCAAUACCGUUAGAGCGGCUGGAAGCAAUCCUGAUCGCUUCCAGCUGCUCUAACGGUAUUGUAGCGAUCCUUAAAGGAGCACUAUAGUGUCAGGAACACAAACAUGCAUUCCUGACCCUAUAGGGUUUAAACCACCAUCUAGCCAUCUUGGUCCCCUCAUGCCUCCCUAAAUAUAGUAAAAUCUUACUUGUAUUCAAGUCUGCAGCUGCUUACUUUGUCCCUGUUUCCUUUAGACCUGCCCACUGCCUGCUGACAUCAGCAGAAGUGGUAGCCUGAUCCAAUCACAGUACUUCCCCAUAGGAACAAAGAGGCAGAUCAGGGGCAGAGCCAGCACAAUUCAAACACAGCCCUGGCCAAUCAACAUCUCCUCAUAUAGAUUAAUUGAAUCGCUAUGAGGAGAGCUCAGUGUCUGCAUGCAGAGGGAGGAGACACUGAAUGUUUGGAUGCAAUUUAGGCAGCAAUGACCCAGGAAGGAUCUCUAACAGCCAUCUGAGGAGUGGCCAGUGAAGGUAUCACUAGGCUGUAAUGUAAACACUGCAUUUCCUCUGCAAAGACCGUGUUUACAGCAAAAAGCCUGAAGGUAAUGAUUCUACUCACCAGAACAAAUUCAAUAAGCUGUAUUGUGUGGAGCAACCCGGAAGUGAUCGCUCUCGGGGAAGCGAUCACCCAGCGCCCGGCAGUAAAGAGCGGUAUUGAACGAUACCUCGACAUCGAGGAAUUGCUGCAAUACCGUUAGAUCGCUUCCAGACGCUCAAAUGGUAUUGCAGCGAUUCUUAACUUCUUAAGGACCAAACUUCUGGAAUAAAAGGGAAUCAUGACAUGUCACACAUGUCAUGUGUCCUUAAGGGGUUAAGGACCGUUUUUUGGCCGACGUACCUGACACGUCCGCGGUCGGGAAGGGGUUAAACAGAAUUUACAAUAAAUGAAGAGUAAACAUUAGAUGACCCCUUACAGGAAUUGUUUAGGAAGGCUGUGUAAGUCACAUGCAGGGAGGUGUGCCUAGGGCUGCAUAAACAAAGUGAUUUGACUUCUAAAUGGCAUAGAAGUGAGCAGUGAGACUGCAUGGGCAUGAUCUAUACACCACAACUGCUUCAUUUGCUAAAGUGUUUUGGUGCCUAUGGUGUCCCUUGAAAUACGGGGAGAGUAACCGUUUUAAUAUGUUUAAAGGCAAAAGUGAAGGGAAUGUCUAUUGCUGUUUAAUACUUUUUUUUUUUUUUUUUUGCAUUUGGCAAAGAAUCGAAAUGUAAUGGCCAACUUUUUCUAUUAGAUAAGAUAUUUUGCAGACUGUUUGGAUAGUUGUAAUCGUUAACGCUGAUAACAAUGUGGCAAACAUGAAGCUGCCAGAAAGGACACGUUUUAAAUCAUUAACUCUGUAAAAUACACCAAUGCGAGUUUGUUUAUAUUUUGUAUAUGAUUAAAUGAUCACAAUAACACGUUUGAGAAGACGGACAUUUGUAAAAUGCUGUUUUCUGAAAUACAUUUUUGAUAUUAAAUAUCAGAGUCCAAUUUUACAGAACAAUUUCUCUCGACUCUUGUAUGAUAAUAAGCACGCUAUGUGUACACAGUAUGCACCACUCCAAGAUCAGAUCAUGUUUAAUAAGGAUAGCUGUUUGUUUAUUGCAGUUCUAGCAUUUUACAUUUAGAUUGGCAGGGCCCACUUUCCCUACUGUUCCCGCAUGUCAUACAUGUUUUGUAAGAAUUAAAUGACUUGUUUCUUAUUGUACAGCACUGCUGACUAUGUUGGCACAGUGUAAAUAAUUGUAAUUCAUUAUUAUUUCCUUUAACAGAACUCCGCACUUUUGGUUUCUGUUGUAUAAGAACAGCUCUGUUUAGUAGAACUUUUAUCACAUACAUGCGAGAACGCAGCUAAUACAGAUUAUUAAAUAUGAAGCCAGUAAGCACCAACCAAAUCUUAAAGGAACACUGUAACAAAGCUGUAUUCUUUACAUUAGUGUCCCUCUGGAACCCCUUCCAACCCUCCCACACUGAAAGGGUUAAUCACCCUUUAGGGUUUAACCACUUAACUGAUUCCAGCACGAAGUCCGUCUAUGCAGACUCCGUGUCCAGCUCCUCAAACAUCAACGUGAAUGUAAUGCACAUUAGGCUUUCCCCCAUUGAAUCCAUGCGUUCCUACGGGGGUGUGCAAGAUGCUGGGUGUUCUCAUGCACAGGACGAGGACAUCAGGCGUCGUUUCACGGGGUUAAGCUCAAUAAAACUGCAGGAAGCAGCUCUAAUGACUGACUUACAAUGUUUUAAAUGGCAGGUUUAUGGGGGCAAGGACAGUACAAUACGAUGAAGUGGUCUGGGUGCCUAUAGUGUCCCAUUAAUAUUGUUUAACUGCUGGUAUGUAUAUUAUUAAAGUAUCAUUUAUUUCCUGGGUCUUUUUUUAUAAACUGCUUUCAAAGAGAUUUAUUUGAUUUUGUUUAUUAAACAUAACAUUUCAUUAUUAUCAUUUAUAUAGCGCCAACAUAUUCCGCAGCGUUGUACUAUUCUAAAAUGGCGAUAUUUGACCAUAAGUCAUUUACUUAGGGAAUAUAACAGAGAUGAAGUGAAGAAGGUCCUGCUCAAACAAGCUUACAAUCUCUGAAAUUUAUGCAGAAGGAAGACGUUUUUAAAUCUGUUUUCAUUUUGUUUCCAUUGCUGGACAAUAAAUCGGGAUCUGUCCAUCGAGCUAUGUGCGUGCAGACGUACGAGUCUAAGGCCGUUCUUGCAUGUAAUGUAGUGAGCGCUAUUGAUUUCAGGGAUUUGUAGACAUGUUUACAAAUGCUGAAUGGCCGUUCUCCACCCCUGCCGAGUAUCCAAUCCCUUGACACUGCCGAGACGCCCAGCUGUUACUGUGUACUAUAGUCUGCAGGGUGAACCCGUGUUUAUAUGUAUAGUAGCUUUGCAUGUUUACAGCCCUGGUUUGUGGUCAGAGUUCAUGAAAGAUAUGCACAUUCCUUCUGAGCCAUAUAAUACUCGUAGGGGAUUAUUCUCUAAAUAGCGAGUCAGAAAACUGUAUCAUAACCGUUUCCUUUUGUAAGUCAGUAAUUCAACCUUCCACGGAGAAUUUUGCUUUUCUGGUACAUUGGAAUUUUGUAGUGCCUGUUUUGAACAGUGAGCGUGAAACUAUUUUUUUUUAAGGUAUUUUAGAGACACUGAUGGAACCAUCUCAAUGAGGUGGCCUGGGUGCCAUGUCCUCCUCGUUUGAACCCGGUACUGCUUUCAUUGCAGGGUUUAAAUGCCUCUACUGGCUGUCACUUGGACAGCUAAAAGAGGCACUUCUGCUGAAGCCUGAUUUGUGACGUCAGUCUCCAUGCUGCGCAUGAACACUAGUCUCCGAAUUGUUUGGUGACACUUCCCCAUGGAGACCAGCACUGUAAAGGAGAAAAUUUAUAAAUGCUAUAGUGUUCCUUUAAUAUCACUCACCUUUUCCAUGUUGACAGUACACCUUAAAGGACCACUAUAAGCAACCAGACCACUUCAGCUUAAUUAAGUGGUCUGGGUGCCUGGUCCAGAUAGGGUAAACCCUUUUUUUUAUAAACAUUUCACAGAGACUGCUAUGUUUACACUGAGGGUUAAUCCAGCCUGUGAAAAUCACAGUGAGAAGACGCCAGCGUCCAUAGGAAAGCAUUGUAAAUGCUUUCCUAUGAACUGGCUGAAUGCGCGCGCGGCUCCUGCCGCGCAUGCGCAUUCAGCCGAUGACGUCGCUAGGAAGAAGAAGAGGACGAAAGCUCCCCGCCCGGCGCUGGAGAAAGGUAAGAUUUUAACCCCUUCCUCUCCCCAGAGCCCGGCGGGAGGGGCACUGUAGUGGUUUACUGGCACUAUAGUGGUCCUUUAAUGCAUUUAGCCACAAUUGGUUCUGUGCUUCCAGUGCCGUAUCUAACCACCAGAGGGAGCAUGACUUUUCCUCCAAAUUCCCCCCAUGACUUUCCUCAGACUGUUCCCAAUCCCUCUCCCUUCCCCUCCCCAUCCCCCAAUUUCAAUGAUUGGGUGGUACAGUAAAAUUUAAGAGAUUCUGGUGUUUAAAGGUAAAUAAGCAUGGGUUAUGAACCUUAGAAAGUUAGACAUUUUUAACCAGAAUGGCUGUUUUUUAUUGGCGUAGUUUAUGCUUGGUCCGUUCAUAGUUGUACCUAUAGUAUUGUAUUAGUAUUUAUUUUAUUUGUUUUGAUCUGUCUGUUCCUGCUGAUGUUUCCAUUGCUGGACAAUAAGGCAGCUACGUGCGUGGGGACGUACACGUCUAUGGCUGUUCUUCCAUGUGAUAUAGUGAGCGCUAUUGAUUUCAGGAAUUUGUAGACAUGUUUACAAAUGCUGAAUGGCCAUUCUCCACCCCUGCCUUAUAGCCAAUCCCUUGACACUGCUGAGACGCCCAGCUGUUUCUAUGUACUACAAGGUGAACCUGUGACUAUAUUAGCUGUGGUCAGAGUUCACACUAAAUAUACACAUUCCUCCUGACCCAUGUAAUACUCACGGGAGGCUAUUUAGUGAGUUUCAAGCCUUCGAAUGUUGCAUCAUUUUGUCCCAUGUGUUACUUUACUCAUUUCCCUAUCUCUAGGUAGAAUGUAAGCUCAUUGAGCAGGGCCCUCAGUACACUCUGUUCCUGUGCGUCCAACUCAUCUUGUUACAAUUACAUGUCUUCUAGUCCACCUAUUGUACAGCGCUACGGAAUUUGUUGGCGCUUUAUAAAUCAUAAUAAUAAUUCAGUGUUAAGAAUGCUUUCCAGGGCUAAUAAGCAGGAUUGCAUGACUCGUCAAUCCCUCAAUUUACCUUAUUUUUUAAUUUUUUUUUGUCUUCCAGUGCUGGCUCCUCAGGCUAAUGCUUUUGCAAAGGCCUUGAAGAAACUUCCCAUCCUUCACGACGAGGUUUACGCCCAACAAACCAAACUCUAUGAAUUCCUUGACUUCCCGGAAAAUACCUUGGUGCUCCCGUAAGUGAUUCUUCGCUCCCCACCCAUUUUAGAAUCAUUGUUUCUGUGGAGUAAGAGUAUGUAUAGGUGUGUAUUCAUAGGCGUGCACAGCAUAUUGCAUUAGGGUGUGCACCCUAAAGCACAAGCACACGCCGCAUAUAUAUAUGUAUGUAAGUAUAUAUAUAUAUAUAUAUGUGUGUGUGUGUGUGUGUGUGUGUGUGUGUGUAUAUAUAUAUAUAUAUAUAUAUAUAUAUAUAUAUACACACAUACACACACUGCUGUGUGUGUGUGUGCUGUUAGUGUGAUGUGUGUGUGCUAUGUGGGUGAGGGUGCUGUUAAUGUACUGUGUGUGAGGGUGCUAUUUGUGUGUGUGUGUGUGCGCUUCUGAGGGUGCUGUUAAUGUACUGUGUGUGAGGGUGCUGCCUCUCCUGCCUCCCUCCCUGCAUGUGGGUCGGUAGGGAGGGAGGCUGAGAGCAGAGCCGGCGCUCGGAUAGCGCCGGCUCUGCCUGAGCCGACAGGGGAGAUCCUGAGAUCUCCCCUGCCGGUCUCAAUAUACAUAGGCAUGCCACGGGGAUUAGGGUGAGCCCAGGCACACCCCGUGCGCACGCCUAUGUGUGUAUGUGGGAUUUUUUUUGCUUAAACUGAAAGUCUUGUAAUGUUCAAAUGCUGGGAAAUAUACGUUUUAUAAAGGUGCAAAAAGAACAUCUCUCCGAGACCUAGAUAUAAAUUUAGCCAGUGAUAUUGUCGUCGUGUCUGUGAAGGAGCUACGAUAGAAGAGUUUACCUUGUUUUAUUGCGGCCUAGUCUUGUGCCGAGUUCAUUUUGACAUUAUCGAUAUCAUUGAUAAUGAUCGCCUGUGCCACCAUCAACCCUGCUCUGCAAGCUGCUUCCUCAGUGACCAUGUUUUACACCGAUCUCAGGGUCACACAGAGUUAAUUUCCAAAUUCUCUCUGUGUUAUCGUAAAACCCAACGCACCCAUUUAUAUCUCCUAUUAUUUCAUAUUGAUCAUUGCAGCAUUAUCACUAUACAAACCUUUAGCCCAGCUCUUACAUUCCUUUCUUGCCCGUACUUACCUGCCCCUUACCGCUUUGUUAACCCUUACAUUGGCUUCCUGUAUUUUGUUUCAGAUUUAAAUUUAAAGUCUUGCUUCUCAAAGCUGCAACCCUUCUUGGUCCCUUUGCUCUGCCGAUGUUCUAACUCUGUUCUGUGUUUAAACCUCCAACCAACAUAUGACACUUCUUCUAGGACUGCCCCAGUAUUUGUUACAUGCCCACCCUUUAGGACUUAGUCCUUGUCUUCAAUCAUUAAAAAAACAAAAACCUGAAACAUAUCUAUAGAAAAACAUAGAAUAUCCUUGUGCGAUUUAUUUUCUUAAUUCAAUGUAUUCCUGUAUUCUGGCUGAGAGCGUGCAUUGCCAUUUACUACUUCCUCUGGAUACAUUGCAUCUUGUGCCAUUGUCACCCUUCCAACUAACCUGGACAAGGUCUUCCUCCCCUUGAGAUCCAGAUCAUCAUUUACAUGUGUGGUUAUCCAAUGUACAGCUCUACAGAAAAAGCUGGUGUUUUAUAAAUACAAAUAUUAGUACUGUUUCAUUGUCUGCUUUGUGAGUGACGAACUAUAGAAUUUAGACCAGGGGUGGCCAGACCUUGAAAUACCAUAAUGCAUUGCAACUAUUACGUUUCCUGGGAAUCAUGGUACUAGUAAUUUUAACAAUGGCUGUGGAUCUACCGUUUGGCCACAACUGGCCUAGACCCAUCCCUCUGUUUAAUUCAUUCUGUGAACCAGUUUCACAGACUAUAUUUAAGUCCGAAAUAUAAAUAAUGAAAAAAGACAAGGCUAGGUUUUCUUGUAGAAUCAUUCAAGAAUGUUUUGUAGAUUUGAAUUCGUCCAAGACCUUUAACGAAAUUCUGGUUACCAUUGUAUUUAACUAAAAAAAAAAAAAAGGCAAACCGUGUCCCCUAAUUAAUAAUACAUAGCAAACGAUAAAAUCAAUGUAGCCAUGCAGAACCUUCCUCUGUUCAGAGACGUUUGUUCCAACUUGAGUUGUUUGUCGGCUUUUUCUAAAAGUAACUAAUAGUCACGGGCAUGUCUAAUAGUCAAUCCCUCGGAUUUAAUGUCCUUUAUAAUGAUGUAUCUGAGCUGUUACAUCUUGACCUGUGGGGUUACACGAGGCCCCUCAACCUUGAAAAUUAGGCAGAAUACAUUCUGAUCUGCAGCUCAAUUAAUUAAACUCAAAUCUUCCGGGAUUGAAAGCGGUUCUGGACUACUUUGCUGCCGAUUGAUGAGUUUCUCUUUACCAUUAUAAUGAUUAGCCUGGAGGGAUGACUUGUUAGCUUAUUCCAAUUAGUGAAAUUCUAUAAUUAUUCUCUGUUGUUGCUUCACAGACGCACAUUGUAAUGACUAACCUGUACAUCACAUAGAGUUUGUACAAUAAAUAUAUAUUUUUUAAUAUUCAUUAUCUAGUAGUUUGCUGUAACACUGUGUUCUAAACUCUUCAUCACUUACAUUUCUAAAUACUGCAAGGGUUGUCUUGGGAACAACAUACAAUAUAUUAAAUACUUGCAGCAUUCAGUCUUUUUGUUACAGUUGGAGUAUAUUAUUUAAAAUGGCUUGUUUAUAGGAUUCUCAGCAUUUGUCUCUAUACACAUGUUCUUUUUUUGUGUACUUAUUCUGAAAUUCUGCACUUGGCAAUACAUUGCUCACCUGGAAUUUUAUCUUAAAUGGUUAAUCCAACUAAAAAAAUAGUGUCCCCCCCACCACUACCAGCACUGUAGCUAAACAUAUACCUUGGUUUCUGCAAGAGGGCUGUUUUCUCCCUUAAAGGACCACUAAAGUGGCAGGAAAACAUACUCCCCCUCCCACCAGGCUCUGGGGAGAAGAAGGGGUUAAAAUCUUACCUUUCUCCAGCGCUGGGCGGGGAGCUCUUCUCCUCUCCUCCUUCAUAGCGGCGUCAUCGGCUGAAUGCGCAUGCGCGGCAGGAGCCGCGCGCGCAUUCAGCCAGUUCAUAGGAAAGCAUUUACAAUGCUUUCCUAUGGACGCUGGCGUCUUCUCACUGUGAUUUUCACAGUGAGAAGCACGCAAGUGCCUCUAGCGGCUGUCAAUGAGACAGCCACUAGAGGCUGGAUUAACCCUAUUAUGAACAUAGCAGUUUCUGAAAAAGGGUUAACCCUAGCUGGACCUGGCACCCAGACCACUUCAUUAAACUGAAGUUGUCUGGGUGCCUAUAGUAGUCCUUUAAGUGGCAUGGGGGAGGCAUGCCAAAAUGUGUACUGAAUUUUUAUUGACCAGCAUGGAAUGCUCCAAUGACAGGUGGAGCUACACCUCAGGGACGUUAAAUUCUGGUAUGUGCAGCUCCUUAUAGGAAAACUCUGCAUAAACAGUCUCCAGUCACCAUGACCACUUCAAAUCAGUGAAGGGGUCAUGGUACUUGGAGUAACUUUAAUACAUAUAAACCGUUUUGGAGGGUUGGGGUUGUUUUUAUUAAGUGGUGUAAUUUCUAGAAAAUAAACGGUUCUCCUUUAGCUAGACUCUUCCCAUUUCAUAAUUAUAUAUUUUUUUAAUUUUUUUAUUUCGGACUGGGGCCUGUUGCAUAAACUAUGCCUGUUAUAACCAAAGAAGACCCAUUGGUUGAGUCCAACUCUCAUGAUAAGAUGCACUGACCUCGUCUAACUGAAAGCGGAAUUCUAGAUAUUGGUUGUUCCUAAUCUGUAAAGACAUUCGUGGUUUUUGUACACUUCCAGGGUUUCUAAACAGAGCAAAAGAAUUGUGUACACCAUUCUGGAGUAUACCCCGCUUCUGGACUCCUGUAACAUGACUACAGACGAUUGGGCCAAAAUUGCUAAGGAUAUCCAGGUAUGAAAUCCAAACAGUCCUAAUUCUAUCUCCUCGUUAUUUCUGUGCUGUGUGAUCACCUCGUCUUGUAUUAUCCAGAAUGUUAUUGUGUACAUAAAGCUGCUAAAACUCUCCAGAACAUUUUGUUCACACUUAUUUAGCCAAUUACCUAAAUAUCUUGAUAGUUUUCUUAUUUAUCUUUACUUUCUCCCACCCCCACUUCUGCCUGCCAUUAAUAAAUAAAUACGUUGUCGCAAUACUCUCUCUUUUUCUUCCAUUUAUAAUAAGACACACACGGAGCUUAUUGAUUCUAACCCUAGCUGGCACAAGUAGUACUGAGUGAACGAGGAGAAUUCUCGUACAAAGACCUUCGUUUUAUCUCCACGGUUAUUAAGUAAUGCUCAAGUCCAACUUGGCCCAGCCUGAGAGCUAAACUAGGGGAGUUGUGGGAAUAACGAACUGCAGCUUUCAUCUCAUUGCUUAUAUUCUCUCCAUAUUGUAAGCUCACAGACCUUCUUGCAUAGUACCAUACAGGAGGUUGAAGUCAGUAUUUCUCUUUAUCUUUUUGAUCAAUGUGUCUAAUUAUCCAUCCCCUGUCUGUAUAAUUCGCAGUGUUCUCUUUGCAUAAAUUGCAUACUGAGCUUGAACUGCAUGCCCGAUCCUUAAAGAUUGGAGUUUAGUAAGUUAAACCCCACUGCAGAUUAUAUCAAGAGAGGCGAGAUGAAAAGGGUGAAAAAGGAUAAUACAGUAUUCAAGUAGGAUUAGAAUGAUACGUUUAGGAUACACUGUAAUUCUAGCAUUUGAACACUAGAUGACAGUGUUGUAUAUGAAAACCACCUCUCAUGUCUGAUUGCACACAACAUAUCGCUUGUUGCCAGUGCUGAUAGCCCAGUGACAUAAUCAAAAUUUAUCAUAUUCUGAAAAAUGUUAAGGAGAAAAAGAAAAAACAAAAAAACCCAGUAAAUGGCUAGUUUUCAUUUAACGGUAGCAUUACAGUGAAAGGCAACAUUUUGUUCCAAAAAUGUGGGUGUUUUCAAAAUCUUGAAAACCAUUUAAAACCCACAUCUGGGCUGAAAUGUUAUACUUUUUUUAUGAUUGAACACCGUAAUGAAGGGGACUCUUCUAAUUCUUGUUUUGCAGGGGUGCCCAACGGUAGAUGUCCAGAUGAUGUAGAACUACAGAUCCCAUGAUGCUUUACAUGCCUUUAGAAUGCUCUUAGGAUGACAAAGCAUUACAGAACUUUUAUGUAGUUAUAAAACAUCUGGGGAUCUACCUUUUGGGCACCCGUCUUGUAGUGUGUUUAAAAAAAGUUUUACAAAAGAACAAAUCGUGGCAAACACAAAUAACAAAUGAUAUGUGGGUAAAAGUGUCAAUUCGUAGCAAUUAAAUAGAUACUCAACUGCGCAAAUAAAAAAAAAAAUCACAGUUUAGUUGAUAUACCUCCAGUGGAAACAUGCAUGAAUAUAAUGCAUUUUUUUCCAUUGUGGUUAUAUCUAAAAACAUCUGCAGCAUUUGCAAACCCUCCCCUUCUAACCCUGCCCAGACUUUCUGCGGCUGUCCAAUCAUAGUCUUCCCAGUGCAGCUCAAUGAGAAAUCUUUGCAAGGCAGGUGCUCCAGACUACUUCUUGAGUUUAUCUCCACUGAGCUAAGGAAACCAGGAAGAAACAGUUCCUGUUGUCCGACAGCCAGGGGUGCGGUAACAACUCCUUGAUACAAGGAGAUAUCUGACUGCAAUUCUGGGGUCAAGUCCCAUAUCUCCUUGUAUCAAGAUGUUUGUAGGAAAACUGCAAACCUCUUCAAACUGAGUUUUUGCUUUCUUUUUGAUUAACCACAAAAACCGACGUGAGAGAGGCGGAACUUGGACACAUGUCUCUUUUAGCCUAAAUAUUAUAUUUAUUGAAUAUAUAUAUACUUAUUUAUUUUACAGGUCCUCCUUACUUCCUCUCUAUUGUUGUUGUUUUCUUCACACUUAAUCUGUGAAUAAAAUCAACAUUUAGUGGCUGUCUCCUAGCAAUCCAGUAAAUUUAAAUGUUUUUUUUCUUAAUGCCACUCACGGAACCCUGAAUCCCGAUUCAAAUGAAUAUGCUUGUCCAUCGCGCAAGUCACUUGCUCGGUUAAACAAUAUGGUCCUUCAGUUACGAAAUUGUGAUGUCCUACAGAUCAGCCUAAAUUCAACUUCUUUUGUAUGAAGCGUAAAACUGAAAUCUCUGUGUAUUAAUACAGACACACAUUUACAUUAUACACCAGAGGUAGAGUGAUAUUGUAUCUGUGUUUGAUAACGGUUCAAUGAAAACCAGCUUGGAUCUGUGUUGGGUCAUGUAGUUCCAUAAAAUGUGGUAAUGUCGUUGUUCGGUCAGGCUGCUGACAGUCUGGCUGGAGCCUUAUAAUGAACAUUUGAACUUUAUACUGAGAAUUAAGCUGAUGGUUGAAUUUAUCGAUCUGUUUCUUGCAGAAACAUUAUGAGCAUUUUGAUGGCUUCGUUAUUCUACACGGAACAGACACCAUGGCUUACACUGCAUCCGCGUUGUCAUUUAUGUGUGAACAUUUAGGGAAACCUAUAGUCCUGACCGGGUCCCAGGUAAGUCAAAAGAUUUCCCCAGUUUUAAUAUUGUCAUUUUUUUUUUUUUUUUGAGCAUUUUAUAUAUUCUUUAUUUUUCUUGUGCAUAUGAUAACAACAGGCGUGUAGAGCCACAACAGCAUCUACAAGCAUUUUCAAGACAUUUCAAAGUGUGGCAGUUUGGUCGGCACAUUUUUGUAUAAUCAUGAAAAUAACAAGCUGUUAAACAUUGCUUUGAGAACAUAACAUGCCAGUGUGAUUAGGCGUGUCAAAAGUUAAACGUAAGUUUGAUAAAACAUGCUAAAUUAAUAACAGGCUGAGUGAAGACAUACUGUGUUUGCUGUAAUAUGGUUCAAGUAGGCCAGGCUAAUGCCGAUCGCUUAUAUAACAUAACACAUCAUGCCAUUGUGAUUAGGCGUGUCUAGAGUUAAACGUAUGUUUGGUAAAACAUGCCAAAUGAACAUGCUAAGUUAACAGGCUGUGCUAAGACAUACUGUGUUGGCUGUAGUGUGGUUCAAGUAGGCCAGGCUAAUGCCGAUCGCUUAUAUAACAUAACACAUCAUGCCAGUGUGAUUAGGCGUGUCCAAAGUUAAACGUAAGUUUGAUAAAACAUGCCAAAUUAACAACAGGCUGAGUUAAGAAAUACUGUGAUUGCUGUAAUAUGGUUCAGUUAGGCCAGGCUAAUACAAGUUGUUUAUUUAAUAUAACAUGCUAGGGUAACUAACCGCGUUAAGCGUUAAACGUAAGUCUGAUAGGACUUGCUAUAUUCACUACAUGCUGUGUCAAGACAAACUAUAUUUCACUGUGGUGUGAUCCCGCCAGGACAGGCGUUUAGUUAUGUACUUGGUUAUACUGUCUGGGUGUUAGAGUAGGUUUGUCAGCAGUGGCACAGGGUUCGGCAACAGUUAGAGAGCGUCUGUUCGGAGGGGCCAGUGAUUCAGCCGAUACCUCUGGUGGGCACCCGUAUGCAGUCUCUGCUCCGGUCGGUUGUAGAGUGUGCGCGGUAGGUCGGGCCUCUUGGGGCUACCGGUCUUGCUGCUGGGUGGAAGUGGGGUGAGGAUAAUCCCCUUUCCCCGAUGUCACGUUGGGGUUGUGCCACCCGGGUACCCCUGGGCUGGGAGUCCGCCCCGGCGUUCAGCUGCACUGGUCCCUGGGUUGUAGUUGUGGCCUGUAGGGGUUGAGCAGAGCUGUACCGAGUGCUGGCUCCCAUUCCAGGUGAGUCUCCUAUGUGGGUGGCUGGUUUAGCAGUCUCGCUCUUAGGACUGUAGGGGUAAGUGCUUGUACCUGGGCAAAAUGGCUUCCUUGUCCGCUUAUGGGAUCGUUGGUAUGUGUGUGGCCUGGCUGCCUUUCCUGACGCCUGUAGUGGUUGCCUGUAAUGGCGGCGUCGGGCUGCUGGGCGAAUCCACGUGGCCACUAUUUUCACUGCAAGAGCCUAUCGAAGUCCCCCAAGGGGUUCGUGGGUGGUUGGGCAUGUGUGCUCCGUUUCCUGGGCCCCUGCUGGGCGGCCAUCUUAGGCUGCGUUUCAGUGGCUUGGUGCCUCUGUAGUCGGCUCAGACUGUUUGCGCCGUCUGUUCCGUCCUGUCAGUCUAGGCUUGCUUGUUUCGUCGCUGAAGGGCCUCGGUGUCAAGGAGAGCGACCGCCUCUCCCCGGCCCCUGUCCCAGUAGGCCGCACUUUCUUUUGGCCCCCCUGGCCCCGACGGGCUUCAGGGUGGUAUCAAUCUGUUCAGCGGUGCACCCCCGACGUGGGUAGUGCACCCUCAGACGUAUGUGAGUGGUCUAGUUGCGGCUUUUGCCGCAAUUGCUGCCCGCCGGGCAGGAGCUCAUGCUACACACAUCUGCACGGCUUGGUGGUUCGGCUCCGCCCCCCAUAUUGCCAUAUUUUUUAAAAGUUUAAAACAUGAUGUACUUUUUUUUUAAAUUUCUAACACAGUAAUCCCUUAAUGGUCUUGAUUUAAUAUUCAAAUUAUUUCAUAUUUUUGGACAAACGUUUAAAAAAUGUUAAAAAUAAUAAAAUUAUAAAAUAAUAAAUAAAUAAAAAAUAAUAAUAAUAAUAAAUUUUUUUUUUAUAUAUAUAUAUAUAUAUAUAUAUAUAUAAUAUAAUAUAAUUUUUUUUUUUUUUUUCAUAAUAUUAAAGGAUCACUAUAGGGUCAGGAACACAAACAUGUAUUCCUGACCCUAUAGUGUUAAAACCACCAUCUAGCCCCUCUUGCCUCCAUAAAUCUAGUAAAAAUCUUACUGUAUUCAAGCCAGAAGCUGUAACUCUGUAUGCUGUUAGACUCAGAAAAACAAAGCUGUCUGCUAACAUCAUCAGAAGUGGCAGCCUGAUCCAAUCACAGUGCUUCCCUAUAGUAUUGGCUGAGACUGACAAGGACGCAGAUCAGGGGCGGAGCCAGCAUGAUUCAAACACAGCCCUGGCCAAUCAGUAUCUCCUCAUAGAGAUGAAUUGAAUCAAUGAAUCUCUAUGAGGAAAGUUCAGUGUCUGCAUGCAGAGGGAGGAGACACUGAAUGUUUGGAUGCAUUUUAGGCAGCCAUGACCCAGGAAGGAUCUCUAACAGCCAUCUGAGGAGUGGCCAGUGAAGUUAUCACUAGCCUGUAAUGUAAACACUGCAUUUUCUCUGAAAAGACAGUGUUUACAGCAAAAAGCCUGAAGGUAAUGAUUCUACUCAUCAGAACAAAUUCAAUAAACUGUAGUUCUGGUGACUAUAGUGUCCCUUUAAAUUAUUUUAAAAGUUUUUAUACAAAAACAUUAAAUCAUUUGAAAAGCUUAUUCAUCAAUAUUAAAUGGAGUCCGUUGUCUGGAAGUGGAGUUUGUCCCACACCAGCUAUUGCCACGUUGACUGUCAGAUAAUUGUGUGAAUCAUAGUCCACUAAGUGUCAGACAGCCAAGGACAGACUGGUUUUAAAUGAAAUAUUUUGUGACCCUGCAUUAGCCUUCGCCAGUUCAUUCUUUUCCAAACUAUGGAUUUCACAGUCCGUAGAAUCAAUAUUACCCAUUUCAUUGUGUACAAUAUCAUAAAGUAUGCUCCUUUUUUAAAAUGGCAAAAUUGUGUUACAUUAAAUAUACAUGUGUCCAUUUUCUCAUUCCUAUCAUUAUGCUGGGUCCGUUAAACCCUGGUUUAAUUUUAGGAUAAGCUCCUGUUCUAACACACAAACUCCUAGAAUUAGAAAGAGCAGGAAGAUAUCUCAGAAGCAUGGUCCUAUCCCCAAAUCUCCUUAAUGAUGUCCUUCGAGAAUGCACACAGAGUUCAAAACGGGAAAUACCAGUGCAGCAGUAUGAACUAAGCUUUUAAAUGUAAUUCUCCAAGACUGCACCCAUGCUGACGGGGUGGUGGCAUUGUUACAAUAUCCAUAGGAAAUUUCAAAGGACAGUGUUGGAUUAAGACACCAUACAGCUCUUGGCAGGGUACCAAAAUAGGACCCACCCCUCCUUGCCCAUGUACUCUCAAUUCAGAGUACAGCAAAGACAUAUUGAGUAAGCAUUGCCCCAUAUUGCUUGCCAAGGGCAGAGUCGCCCAUAUUAUACCGGCCUAACUCCUCAGCCCAGGCUGUUUACAUAAUCCAGCUCUGUCUCAUCAGACAGGUUUGUUCUAUAAAUACAAUAAAAGGCUAAGAAGAAUGGUGAAUAUUGGUGGUAACAAGGUCACUUCAUUGCUACUUAUUUUUAUUUACCAUUUCAUAGUUAUAUAGAUUUGCAUGUGUUUUGUCCGCAUGUGAUCGCUUCUUGACUCUACUGUUUAUUCUUUGUCUCCUGCAGGUUCCCAUUUAUGAGAUGAGGAAUGAUGGACGGGACAACUUGCUGGGAGCUCUGCUAAUUGCAGGACAGUUUGUGAUCCCAGAGGUCAGUAUUACGCCAGCAUUAUACAGGCUUGAUGGAACAUAUGUUGUAAUAUGAAAACCAGGCAAUAGAGAAGAGGUCCAGGCACUCCCAUAGCAUCAAGAACAUUUAUUGGGAAAAAAUGAACACUGCACUGUUUCGACCCAAUGUUUGUUGAGAUUGUGCUGGCCCAUGGUCUGGUUUAGCACCCUUAGCUUUUGUGAAUGGAGUGCGGUUCCUGUUCGGUAUAUUGUAAUAUGAAAACCUGGCAUUUUGGCACAGUAUUCAAAGUCUAUUAAUGCCCAUCAUUUAACAGCACUAAACCAGCAUUUCACAUCUUUGUGUUGAUGAUGGUGACAAUCACACUAAAUGGUAUUCGUGCUAAAUGUGGCUUUUUAUUUCUUCUGAGAAGUGUUUCCCUGUAUUAAGGGCAUGAACCUGCAAAAUACGAACUGGUCGUGUACAGUAAGUGUAUACAGCAAUUGUUGAACACUCUGGAGAAGAUUUAUCAAAGUGUCGCCAACACCUUUUUUGGGUGUGUUUAUCUAUAUUUUUGCGUGCAUUGAUAAAAGCACAUAGAGCGUGACAUAAGCUGUACGUCCAAGAUGGAUAACAAGAUACGGGUAACUACAAGUUGAUUAGAAUGCAGAUUUUUUUUAAGAAACUCAGCUAAUUGAAGUUUAAUCGAAAGGCCAUUGGUAGGAAUGAUUCAGGACAAUCAUAGUGGUGCUGCAAAUCUAUCCAUGGCCUGAUUAGAAGUACCACCAGAAUAACAGAGUAUUAACGUACACUGAUACUAGGCCUGCUACACAGGCUCAUUACAUGUGGCAUAGGAACAAGUAAAACUAAAAACAACAAAUUAACAGUAUAGCGGCCGGUAUUCUGAGCUAGGCAUGCCACUGUAAGCUGUCAUAUAUGAAAGAAUGAGGCUUCAGCCUAUACCUAGGCAGGGCAGGAGGGCAAGACCAGGCCAGUGCAGUAAAAGCUAGGAUAUACGUCAAAUCUGCACCACCAGCCCCAAGUAAGUUGUAGGAGAAACACGCAAUGUCCACUAUCCCGCCACGCCAUACGCGUCAGGCAGCGUCCGUAGAGGAGUCCCUGCUCAGUGCCUUGCCAUGGUGUGGGCAGCAUUCCAGACAGAGCUCCUCAUAGGCCAUCAGAAAAGCCCUCUCCCUCCUCUCAGGCAUCUCAAUUGUCGAUAUCUGCAAAGAGAUAGGAGUCGCCGCAAUCUUGAGUGGUUCAUGGCUAGUUGAUCAGGCUCAGUUUGCCUGUAUGGAGCAGCAAGUCCAGUGGAUAAAUAUGCUGGUAGGGACCGGGAUAACCCCACUGGUCCAAAGGGCGGGGAAACGGGACCAGCCAGAUGCGUCUCUGAUGUACCGGUGCGUAGUGAUUAGCAAGGAAGCAAGGCGUUGGCCGUCCACCUCGCUCGAGUAGGCCUCAAGUUCCAAGGUCCCUAAACACCGACUUGGGCCUCAGAAUUCCUGGAUUUGGGCUUGGCAGCAGUACCAGCAGUCGUUCAGGUAAGGAUUUUCAGCUGUCAGAGAGCAAUUUCCGCGAGUAAUCCGCUCCAGAAGCCGAAGCCCUCUGGAGCAGUUCAGGCAUGUGACCUGUUAGAAUGGUGGUCAGGCCCCCCUAACCCCCGUCGGCAACAGUUUUAAAGGGAUAUUCUAAGAAUCAAAACAAUUUUGCUUAAUGAAGCAGUUUUGGUAUAGAGAUCAUGCCCCUGCAGUUUCCCUACUCAAUUUCCUGCCAUGUAUACUUUAAACCACUUUUGUUUAUGUUUAUGCAGCCUUAGCCACACCAUUAGGCUUUUCACAGAAGAUGAUAAAUUCUAAAUUAAACAGAUUGUGCAAUAAAAUAAUUUUAAACAUUAGAUCUCUCUCUACAGGAAAUGUGUAGGGAGGCUGUGUAAGUCCAGUGCCUGGGGGUGUGGCUAGGGCUGCAUAAACAAAGGGAUUUUUCUCCUAAAUAACAGAGAAUUGAGUAGUGAGACUGCAGGGGUAUGAUCUAUACACCAAAACUGCUUUAUUAAGGUAAUGUUGUUUUGUUGCUUAAAAUGUCCAUUUGUAAUCAAAUUUUUGGUGCAAUUUAUUAAACCUUUCAGUAUUUUUCACCUGUUUCUGCUUCUGUAUAUUAAGCGUAAUUUGUUGUUGGCGUGACGGAGCAGAUUUAUCAAUAUUUGCCACUUUUCCCAGUAUCUGAAAUGGUGCUAUUUACAAAAAAAAAAUUGGUAGAAUUUACAAGUGAGAAAAUUAUCACUUUUUAGCUCACUAUUAAAACACUUUAUGAAUACGAUCAAAACAAAGACUGAAGCUGUCAUUUUUCAGAACACUUUGAUAGAUAUCUUUCUCUGCCUUUGCACUCACAGUUUAGCGCAGUGGUGCGUUCAUAUUUAGAAUGUGAGCUGGCAGGCGUCUCGUCUGUGAGCUAAAACUGAGUUAACGUGAUCAAGGAAGUCAUUUAGCUGACUUACUGCAUUAUUCAUUACAUUGAGAACUGCAAAUUUAGGCCAAAAUAGCUGAUCUGGAAUCACAACUGACUUGGUGAAUUUUUCCAAUUUGGCUAUUUUGCCCUUGAAAUACAUUUUGACAAUUCUCACUCUAUGAAUAACCCAGUGUUGAAAAUAGUCAAUAGAAAAUGGUUCGUCUACAUGAGGCGUGAAGUAAUAACUAAAAACCUCUUGCUAUGAAUAAAGAUGUCCGUAAUAGCGGUGGGAUUGUUUGACACCUCUGGGUGGUAAUUUAGGCAUGAGUAGAAACAGAUUGUCUCUCCUGCUGGGUGAGUGUGAGGCAGCAGGUGGAUUAGUGAUUGCUGGAGAGAUUAGGGUCAAGAGAAAAGAGGUGGAGAUCGGAUUUCUAGCAAUUUAAAAGGGGGGGGGAAGGGGGGGCUUUUUGUUAAAAGUAGCUCUGGGUGGAACUGAAACAUGGGGUUCCGUACACACAAUCCAUGCAGGGAAUCUGCAGCAAAAAUAAAAAGUACAUCAAGAAUAGAACUAUAACUGGCCAUUGGAAAAUACAUAUAAAAUCAAGAUUAAAUGAAUAACCUGUGUUUAUCUUAAUAAAGAUUCAUAUUUUUUUCAAACAAAAUCUUCAAAUUUGUAGUUUGUGGGGAGAACAGUGUAAUAGACAAUGAAGCAGACUGUAUGCUCCAUUAUGUAAUCAAUUUUUAUUUUAAAUUAGAUUAAGGAUAUUGAAAAAUAGAACAAUUGUGUAUUGCUUCUAGCUCAAAGGGAUCCUAUAUUGCCAGGAAAACAAACCUGUUUUCCUGGCACUAUAGGGUUAAUAGGUCCCUCCCUCUUGCUGGGCUGCAGGGGUUAAAGCCACUUACCUUAAUACAGCGCCGGGCUCCAUUAGCGCUGGGUCAGGCUCCUCCUUGCCGACGUCAGCUCUCGAGUGGAGCCGAAUGCCCAUGCGCGGCCAGAGGCGCUCGCGCACAUUCAAACCCGCCCAUAGUAAAGCAUUACUCCAUGCUUUCCUAUGGGGAUCUGAAAUUACGCUGGACUCCGUGAGGACGUCCAGCGUCAUUUCAGUGCGAUUUUUCUCACUGAAAAUUGCGGAAGAGGCCUCUAGUGGCUGUCAGGGAGACAGCCACUAGAUGCUGGAUUAACCCUACAAUGUAAACAUAGCAGUUUUCAGCUGCAGGGUUAAAACUAGGGGGACCUGGCACCCAGACCAAUUCAUUGAGAUGAAGUGGUCUGGGUGCCUAAAGUGUUCUGUUAAAAAUAAAAAUUAAAUAAAAAGUAGCAGUGCUACAAGAGUACACUAGGUGGCACUGUAGUAAUGGAACAGUAAUUCAGUACUACACUAUGCAUUUUUUUGUUUUAACUCUAGUAAAUUAUCAUACAUACAAUGUGUGGUUUAAAAAACAGAAUUAAAUCCACAUUUCGAAAUAAUUAAACACAAAUUUAGAAAUGACCUUAAUAAAAUAACAUCUUGCCAGAAGUCAUUUUUAGGUGCUCAGUUGAAAUUUUUUGAAACCUUAAAAUACUCUCACGGUUAGUUGGUACUCUCUAACAAUGACUGCUCGAAGACCACUAAAUUCUGAAUAAAUGGAUUAUUUUUAUUUAUUUGAUAGUCUACAUAUUGAAUAAGCAUGUGUUAACUUUACUGUGAUCUGGAUGACAUCACUUUUUAGUUUAUGCUCCUAUUAAAAACUGGCACCUUAAAACUUUGCCCUGUAACCUAAAUUUAAUAAUUGUAUUCAUACGUAGCAAGAAAUUGUUAACGGUAUGCCAAAAAAAAGACCAGAAGUACAACUCGAGUAAGGGUUUAUUGGGGAUCAAAAUUAUAACCAACACGUAUCUUGAAAAAGUUGUAUGUUUUCUGCAAAUCUUUUUUCAACCUUGGACUUUGUUUCGUGGCCAUAAUGUCUUUUUAUUUGUAAAAACAUUUUUUUUUUUUGUAGAUUAUUUAUUUUUGUAUGAAUUUAUUCCACAGUAUUCUAUAGAACUGUAAUGCUCGGGGACUUUCACUGAAUUUAGUUUUUUUUUUUUUUACUCCAUUGGAAUAAGAUAAUUUUGAAUGUUGCAUGCACAGUACGUCUGCGGCAGACUUAUGUAUAUACAAUGUUUAAAUAAUGGAUUAACAAUAAAGUAGACCAUGCUAAAUUAUUAAUAAAUAUUUCUCAUGAAAUAAUAAGUAACCAUUGCUUUUCAUUAUCGGUCUGCUCUGAAUAUAAAUGUCGUCUUGCUACCAGAACAAAGUGUUUUAAUGGAUUGUGCUCGGCUGUGUGAAUGAUUUGCUCCACACUGAAGACAAAACUGUUUAAAAUCUCAUCAAAUGUUGGUUUUCUAAGAAUCCACAAUGCAAAACAUUAAAGUGGGAAUUAUCAAAAAUUCUAAGCGAGCUAAAAGUGAAUUUCAAAUGUAAGACCAAAGUAGCGGUACUGGGAACAUAGCUCGUUUUCUAGCUCGGCUAUUUUGGCCUGAAUUUUGACUUUCACCCUGAAUUUUUACUUCUUUAAAUAACCUUGGAAGGAUGUAUUAACUAAAUUUAGACCUGGAAGAGACAGGGGAAUUUAAAAUUCUAGACCAAACUCUCGCAAUAUUUUUGGACUUAAAUCUGCAUUUCUUCUGCACAACUGGCAGUUUAGUGAGGAACAUCAAAAUGUGGAUCAUUGGACACAUUAGGGGCGCGCCACAACAUCAAAUAGUCCUAGGAAUGCUAAUGAACUAUGUAUAGAAUAGGGACAUUCUAGAAUUGUUGGUUUAUUGUCAGUGACAUCUUUUAAGUCCCUAAUUUAAAGGGCUGUAUAAUCCCCUUGUUCACAGGACCUCUUAUCAUUCAUUUCUGCAGUGAGGCCACGUCAAGUCUGUUAAAUACUAAUGUGUUGGUUUCACAAAUAGUACAUGUUCAGUUCAAUUGCAUACAAGACAAGAUUUAAGGGAACAUUAUAGUGUUAGCAAUACAAAACUGUAUUCCUUACACUGUAAUGUACCGUGGGCCCCCCCAGGACUACGGGGUUAAAAAAGACCAAAAAAACCCACCUUUUUUUCACUUACCCGAUUCCAUCCCUGAGGUCACUCGGCUCUGUAUCACUCUCUGCCUCCUCAGAUAACACAGCGAUGGGGGUACCCAAUGCACAUGCAUUUUAUAUAAUGUUGGAGUCUGAAGCUAGGUUUAAUUUCUUAGUUUUAUUUCAUUCAUCUCUUUUCCUUAGAGGGCAUUACUUAUCAGUAUUAAUUAUUUGAAUGUAUAGUGUUUAACGAAAAGGUUUUUAGUAAACAAACAUCCUUCACAGACAAAAUAUUAGAGAUGAAGGACCAAACUUCUGUAAUAAAAGGAAAUCAUGACAUGUCACACAUGUCAUGUGUCCUUAAGGGGUUAAAGGACCACUAUAGUGCCAGGAAAACAAACUCGUUUUCCUGGCACUAUAGUAUUAAUAGGUCCCCCUCACCCUCAUGACCCCCCUCACACCGGGCUCUAGGGGGAGGAAGGGGUUAAAUGCUUACCUUUCUCCAGCGCUGGGGACUCUCCUCUUCCUUCCGACGUCAUUGGCUGAAUGCGCAUGUGCGGCAAGAGCCGCGCGCACAUUCAGUCAGUCCAUAAGAAAGCAUUUCUCAAUGCUUUCCUAUGGAUGCUGGCGUCUUGUCACUGUGAAAAUCACAGUGAGAAGCGCCUCUAGCGGCUGUCAAUGAGAGAGCCACUAGAGGCUGGAUUAACCCUUAUGUAAACAUAGCAGUUUCUCUGAAACUGCUAUGAUUACAGCAGGCAGGGUUAACCCUAGAUGGAUCUGGCACCCAGACCACUAAAUUAAGCUGAAGUGGUCUGGGUGCCUAUAGUUGUCCUUUAAGGCACAACAAGAAGUCAGGAUUUAGGGAUUUCACCAUUUAUUUUCCUAAUGGGAUACUGACAAAAUCUGGAUGUUUGUUAGAAUUGUACCAUUUUGGUUUAGGAACCUUUGAUCUAUACGGUGAUUUGACAAAAAUGGUGGCUCUCCCAGAAACAAAAGCAUUGUCUGAAGUACAAAUAUAUUCAAGUUUAUGUGAGUCAUAGGCUGAGAGCACUGGGGGCAUUUAAAUUUGGGUGGAUCUGUACAGAUAAUCCAAAAUUGAAACUUUACCGCAUCAGUAGACUACAGCUGUAGUGGUUAUGGUGACUGGUGUCCCUUUAAAAAUAAAAACCUGUACUAACUGGUGAUGGGAAUACAUCGGAGUUAAACAUUAAAGUACUUAUAAAACAUAAAAUUAUGUUUUGUUUAUUACAAAGGGUUGGACUAAUCAUCUUUGCACAGACAAACAUGUUCCUCUGCUUGCCUUACAGGUGUGCCUCUACUUUCAUCAUAAAUUGUACAGGGGAAACCGGGUGACGAAGGUGGAUGCUGGGAGUUUCAAUGCGUUCACAUCUCCCAACUUGCCUCCACUUGCAAAUGCUGAAGUCGAUAUAACAAGUAAGCUGCCCUGCCAUUUAAUCCCUUUAAUUUAUGCCACAUGGAAGAGUCUCUAGCUAAUCUGGAAGGUUUGGAGAAGUCAUGCUCUCGUAACCUUCAAAAGAUACAAGUUUUAGAAUGUUCCCGUGGGGUUUAUUCUCUGAACAGUGCACUGUCAAUAUGUACGUUAGUGGAAAAUAAUUGCAAACCUGUUGUGUCGGAGCUAUUAGCACAAAAUGCAAUCCUAGAUGCUCUUUAUAUAUCAGACACGUAGAAAAAGUGUGUGGACGUGAAGCUUCGGUUACAGCACAGUUUCCCACGAUGUCUCUGUAAAGCAGAAUUUUACUUUUAAUUUUACUGAAACUGCCCUGGUGUGUUUUGCAUAUACUGUGUGUGUGUUUCCUAAUCGCCACCUAUAUGGUGCUUGUCUUAAGGAUAUCCAUGCAAGAUCACAAGUGCGUGUGUCACUAGUGCUUAAAGGCAAAUGUUAUACAUUUUCAUGUCAACUUAGGCUGAGCAGCAGUUGGUCAGAUAACAGUCGAGACUGACCCAACAUGGCUGCUCAGCCAGAUAAAAAAAAAAAGUUAAAUUUUCUCCCAAAAAAAAUCAAUAUACGUCAUUUCAAAAACAUAUAUAGAAUUACAUUUCAUUAGAUGUAAUGUUUUAAAAAUGAGAAUAGACUGAUAAUACAACCAUGCACACCUGAAUCCUAGGGGGGCACUAGCGGGGAGAGCAGCAGACAGUAUAGAGGUAGACAAUUUGAGGGACCAUGCCCGGCCUGAAGGGAUGGCAAACUGGCUGAAGGUAGAUAUUCUGCUUCAAACAGCACGGGAACACGGGAUUAGUGAGAACAACUUGGGAGGGGGGGUUCUCUAAGCUUUAAUGUUGACACAAGGGACCUGCGAGUCAGACUAUGUUGUUGGGCCUGCGUGCCCGCCUGUUGAAUGUUUUCUUUACGCUGACUAUAACCCACAGACCUGCGAGUCUGCAUGAUACUCACCUUUUAUCCCCAAAUACAGGAAAUAAAAAUCAUAUUUACAAAAAAAAAAAAAUGAGAAUAGAAAAUUUGAUGAAGUUGUCCUUUUAUGAUGGACACACAAAAUUAGUAAAACACAAAGAGUCUCUGGCUUGUGCCCUUCUGAACACAAGCCCUGUAGUCUAGGUCCGGCAGGAGGAAGACAUAUUGUGAAGGUAGAUAAGUUUAUGCCAUCCACAGAUGAACAUGAUGUUUGCUUGUUUGUUUUUUUUGUCACGCUUCUUGUUCUUGGGCUCUGUUAGACGUAGGACACAGCGGCACAGAGAUGUAAAAGAAAUCUCAUGGACACAAACUAGCUCUUUCAUUACCUGUAUGGUUUCUAAUAAGUUCUGCUUCCAACCAAAGAGAACUUAAAAUCAGUGAUGUCCCGAACGGUUCGCCGAACGGUUCGCCGCGGACGGCGAACAUAUGACCCUGUACCUCACAGUCAGCAGACACAUUCCAGCCAAUCAGCAGCAGACCCUCCCUCCCAGACCCUCCCACCUCCUGGACAGCAUCCAUUUGAAGCUGCAUUCUUAGUGAGCUGUCCAGGAGGUGGGAGGGAGGGUCUGCUGCUGAUUGGCUGGAAUGUGUCUGCUGACUGUGAGGUACAGGGUCAUAUGUUCGCCGUCCGCGGCGAACCGUUCGGGACAUCACUCCUUAAAACGGCAUCCUCCAUAGAGCAAGGAGAUGCAUUGAAAAGAGUUAUUUACCUAUAUGUAUGCAUUACAAAGUAUUCUACAUAGAGGCUAUAAUACAUGAAAUGUUUUAUAUUCAAUUAAAUUAUAGUUUUCUUUGAAGACCAACUAAAAUAGGAAGCAAAAAAAAGUUCAUAGAGCAUAACUUCUCUUCUGGUAACCUCUUACAACAUAAUGAAUGGGAGUCCUUGUGUUAAUGAUGCAGCUCUUUGACCUGAUUGCCACUGGGAAGAGGUGUUUGGAAGGCUGUCAUUCUUGUUUGAUUACAUAACUUUGAGUGAAUCUACCACUCCUUAGGGAGGUGUCAUUUUUCAAAAGCUCCUUCAGAUUUUGGGAGUCCAAAUACUUUGUGUGGAACAGUUUCUGCUGCUUUCCUGAAACUGACCCGAUUCACGCAGCAAAAAUACAAAACAGAGUCUCGUAGCGUAGCACAGUUAGCAGACACGUAUGCCAGGAAAUUAAAGAAAUAAAGCAAAAUAAAUAUUGGAGUCAACCCUCAAAAUUAUUUGUGCACUGUGAGAAAUUUUAAAAAAUAAUAGGAAAUAGAAUGUUUUUGAAAACAUUUACUGGCUGUGCCAUAGUCUCUUCUCCCCCAAACCCCCCCAAAACAAUUUUGGGAUUGCAUUGUUUGGUUAGCCCAUAAUUCUGGUACAUUUGGCUAGGAAUUCUGGCUUGAUAGCCAUGGGUCCAAAUUCAGCUGAAUUGCAGUUCGGUCUGAACGAAAUCUCCAAAUCUACCAAAAAAACUUUUCCACUUAAAUUAUGUACAUGAAAUAUACACAAAUACAAGAUGAAAGAUUAAGUAGUUAUGACACAUGUACAUUCACAUAAUACAAACUAAAAUGUGAGUUAAAAAUAUUUAUUAUUCUUUGUGCCACGUGAUCAAGUCUAUCUUAAAGGGAGACCAAAAAUAAAUUUAAUGUAAUCUUUAAAAAAAAAAAAACAAACUAGCUUAGACUGUCUGAAAUAAACCCAAACAGACCAUUUAAAAGUUGCAUUCAACAUUAAUUGGUAAAACCUUAAAUGCUCAGAACAGCGGGUAAAUAGAAUAUUCUACAUUCUAGCCAUAGAAUGAAUAUCAGUCUAAGUUUGCAUUAAAAGUGUACUUUUGUUCCCAGGUCAUGUUCUUGCAUGCAUGCUUGUAACCAGCUUUACGAGAGCAACAGCAGAACACCGUAAAUUGAUCAAACGUGCGUGGACUCUUUGUCUGUGCAAGCAGGACUGUGUAGAUAUUAAGAUCCUUGAAAGAGUUGUGUAUGCGAGAUUGACAGACUUCCUCGAGUUCAACAUUCUGCUAGACCCGCUUCAGUGUGGUUUCCGCGCUAAGCACUCUGUGGAAACGGCACUGACUAAAGUAUUCAAUGAUUUACUCACUGCAAAAUCUCGUGGUCACUACUCUAUCCUAAUUCUCCUUGACCAAUCUGCAGCUUUUGACACGUUUGAUCAUCAACAGCUUCUUCUCUUUCUCCGUAAUAUCGGUCUACAAUAUAUUACUCUCUCCUGGUGCUCCUCCUACAUCUCCCAGCACUCUCCUUCACACCUUUUGUUCAGUCUAUCGCCAAAUUCUGCCGCUUCCAUCUCAAAAACAUUGCGCGCAUCCGACCCUACUUAACGCCAGAUGCAACUAAGGUGCUGGUCCAUUCCACUGUCUUUUCUCGCCUUUACUACUGUAAUCCGCUUCUCAGUGGUCCAUAAUGAAUGCGGCGGCGAGGCUUAUUUUCCUGUCCACCCGCACAUCCCACACCUCACCCUUCUGCCAGCCCCUUCCUUGGAUUCCUGUAAGAAAUGGGGCUCAAUUUAAAAUUAUGGUUCUUGCUUUCAAAUCUCUACAUAAUGCUGCUCUCACCUAUCUAUCCUCCCUAAUACACAAGUAUGUCCCGUCUAGGCCCUUACGCUCUGCUGAAGACUUACGUCUAUCUCGAGGGCUGCACCGUUUCUGUGGAACUCCUCUCCUCCGUUAGAUGCUCACCUAGUCUCAACCCCUUUAAAAAGAAAAAAAAUCAUUAAAAACCCACUUCUUCAUAAAAGCGUAUCAAUUAAACUGUUAAUAGCUCCUGACUGAUUCCUCUCUUGCAACUGUCAUUAGUCUAAUACUAUCCUUACCUUUUUGUGUCAUUUUACCACACUCCCUCUAGCAUGUAAGCUCAUUGAGCAGGGCCCUCAACCCCUCUGUUCCUGUGUGUCCAACUUGUCUGGUUACAACUACAUGUUUGUCCACCCACUGUAAAGCGCUGCGGAAUCUGUUGGCGCUAUAUAAAUAAUAACAUAAUAAUAAUUACAAGGAAUGGCUUAAUCUUUCCAGCCUUGUGUUUAAGAGCUUUUCUGGGAAGCUCCCUCCCUACCUGAGCAGAAUACUCUUCCCGGCUGUUCCCACCUCCUAUAAACGCCGAUCUAGGAGCAGCACUUUACUUAGUCUACCUUAAUACAAAAAGAAAGCAGCCCGAUCCUCCUCCUCCUACAGAGCACCGCAAUUAUGGCACGACCUCCCGCACACUUUCAAAUCUUCCCUAAGCCUAAAGUCCUCUAAGAGAUCCCUCUCUACAUACCUCAAAACAGAAUGGACCUGUCAUGGUUGAUUAUAUAUUUCCUAUCUGUUCUAUGUUAAAUUCUGUAUAUAUUGUGUAUUAAUAUUGUUUUUAUAUUUUAUUGUACCAUAAUGUAUCAGUGCAAUGAUUUGUGGACAUACUUGAAAACGAGAGAAAUCUCAAUGUAUCUUUCCUGGUGAAAUGUUUUAUAAAUAAAUAAAAUUAAUAAUAAAUAAAUCUCAUCCCAAAUCGACAUAUUUCCACCUGAUCAAUCAUGUUUGGGAUGCAAUGGGGGUAAUUGGAGUUUUUGGUAUUUUGCAUCUUCAAAGUUUAUUAAACUAAGAAUCAGAACACAAUAAUACUUUAAAGUCUGCUUUUAAUACCGAGGCAAUAGACUCCAUCCCCACACCCAGUGAUGGAUUAAUGACUAAUAAUCUUUGUUUUUACACACGGUGAGACACUUCAACUUGAAAAUACUUGUAGCUUUUUGUUUUCUUUCACCUAAAAGCGGAAGAAAUUUCCUUUUUACACAUACGUGCACUACAGGUAGGAGCUGACUGUACUCGAUACCAUAAUAUGUGCAGUAGGAAAUGGCAUUCCUCAUCUUAAUCGCAGCCAGACUAAUCUCAAGCUUGAAACUCUGAUUAUGGAAACCUUUGGGAUUUUAUGGAGUGUUGCCCCUUACUGAAUAAAUUAAAGGAACACUCUACUGUUAGGAAUACAAACCUGCCAUCUACUUCUUGUCAGUCCUCCUUUGAAGCGCCAGGAACUGACGACACUGCUGUACUUUUGUGCAUGUGAGAGAGUGCAGCAUUGAGGUCUAUGGAGGCCUAGGCCGCGGGGUGCUCCAUAGAUAAAGCCGUCACUAAUGACAGCUGGGGGAUUGACACUUCUAGACGACGGUAGCUCCACCCAGUGUCUAGACGCGUCGGGCGUAGGAAAUAUACAGAGACAAAGUGGUCCCUGCUUCGUCUCCGUAUAUGUCUUGACUGGGACUGAAUUUCAAUGAAAUCCCAACCCAGUCAGUAUGAGUAUUUUAUAAAGAUUCUGUCUUUGUGAAAUACCAUUCAUGCACGUACCAGGGGUGCAGAUAGUGGUUUGUUUUCGCAAUGUUCUCCUAUUCACAUAGCAAGCAAAGUGCUAGAGAGACAAAUACGCACCUCUGAGAGGGAAAAAGCCAAAAUUGACACCGGCGGCCAGGCAGAAGCAAUGGCUGCGUCUUGGAUGGACGCUGCAAUGGCUGCCGCAGUGGGAGUGGCAGGGAACUGACUGUGCCCCUCCAGCUGCUGUGCAACAGAAUUAAUCAUUGAGAAGAACAGUGGUAAUUGUUGUAUUGUUAGGCCGACUAUUGAGAUUAAUUUUCCAUAUUACACACAUUUAGUGUUUUGUAUUCUACGUAUAUUAUAUUAUAUUGUGUUUGUUUAUACAUACUAUAAAAUAUCUGAAUUUUAUUGCAAGUACAUAUUCCCAGCAAACCGUUUUGCUGAUAGAAUUGUUACCUGCUGAAUUCAAACAAGCUCCUACACAUACUGGGAAGUUUACUGCGUAAAAUAGUAAUAAAAAUUUGAUUAUUAAAGUGUUCUAAUGAAAGUAAAUAAUCAGUUUCCGAGUGAUGUUUCAAGCCUCACGUAGAUAGUUUCCCUGGAACGCUAAACCCUAUUAGCAGUGUGGCUGGCUGAGUCAUGGAUUUAACACUCUGAGAGCUAGGACAGGUCAUCUGUUAUGUUUGUGGUAGUGAACUUGUCUUUUUAAAUGGUGUUCAAAUGUCAAGCCUAAUUGUUCUGUGCUUUUGAUUAACUAAGUCCCAUGAUCCUUUGCCUCUUGUAGUCAACACUUUUCGUUAAUAGCUGGGGACAUUGGCACAAGAUAAGGAUAGUGUUUUAAUACUUGGGGAAUUCAUUACUGGCAGAAGGUAUAGGAAACAAAUCCUGUAAUCCAAAUGAAUGAUGGAAGAUCAUGGGAAUUGUAGUUCGUAAGAGCUGUAAAGUUUCUGGUUGCCUACUCCUGCUUUGCGAUUAGGGGUUAUUAUUGCAGUAUCCUACCUUUAUCAAGACCUAUCUGGUUUUAUCUUCUUGUAUGUUUCUUUUACAAAUUGUACGGCCUUCUGUUAUGUUGGUACUUUCUCAAUACAACUUGUAACUCCCGGGUAAAGUUCUAAAAGACUAAGAUUAGAGGACCCAUUCUUUGGUUUCCAUGGUAAUGUCCAUUUUAGGACGUUCCCCAAACUGCUCUUGUUAGACAGCCCCCUUCAGUUUGCUUUGUUUGGUUGCGAGUAUGUAGUGCAGGAUAUACUUGCACAGGUGGGAAGACUCUUAAAAUGCCUACAAUUAAAGGAACCCAUCACACUGUGUUCAGAAUAUCAUUUUAAAAUGGGGCUGUUUGCAUUUCAGCACAACGUUAUUGGAUUGUUACCCAUUUGAGCCUUUUAUAGGCAUGUUUAGGGUUAUAUUUGGUGUGAAACUAUCCGAGCAUGCCUGAUGGUAGUUGUAGUUCACAGCAUCUGGAGUGCAGAACUUGGCUACUUAUUUUUGGACUACCAUUACCUCGUAGGAGAACAAUGGUAGUUACGUACCUUGGUUUUUGUUAGCGUUACACUGCUGUACCCCUACUAGGCAAAGUCUGUUUAGGCAGCACACUCACCUGGCGUGUUUUUAUUUUUUUUCCAGUUAAUUGGGAUACUGUUUGGAGAGCAAACACUACCAAGAAGUUCCUCGUCCAUACAGACAUGAACCGGAACGUGGGAUUGCUGCGGAUAUUUCCUGGGAUCACAGCUGCAACUGUAGGUGUACAAACUCUGAUUUGCCCUUCAGGGAACACCUAUAGAAUUCAUUUCAUUUAGUUGUAUGAAGCAUUUAAAAAAAAAUUAAUUUAAGAAGAAAGCACAUUUGUGGGGAAUAUCUCAUCAACCCAUUCUUGUUUCAAAUGCAUUAUAUACAUCAGGGCUCACAAUUUAUACUCUGCUAGACAGGCGUAAAAGUUAUUUGCCAUGGCAAGCCUGAAGGGUCCACUGCACAUUUACCGGGGGGUGAAUUACGGCUCAUCAGGGCUGAAUUAUUACUCUCCAACUGCUAGUGGCCCUGUCACAGUCAUGGGAAAAAUACAUUAAGAGAGCUGUGCAUAAACAAAUGCCAGCAAACCUCCAUGAACUGAAGCAUCGUUGUAAAGAAGAUUGGGCCAACACUUCUCCACAACGAUGUGAGAAUGAUCACGUCAUUCAGGAAACGAUUACGAUAACGAAAAGUUAUUGCAUCAAAAGGGGGUUCUACAAGCUGUUGAAUCACAAGGUGUACUUAGUUUUUCACACAUGGCUUCUCCAUUUUGGCGUUAUUUUUUUAUUAAAUCAUGACACGGUCUAUUAUGUCAGGUGUUGUUGAUGUAUUUACCUAAUUUUAAGACAUGUUAAGGAACAGAUGAUCGUUAUUAUGUCCUGAUAUAUAAAACCGUAGAAUUCAAAGAGGAUGCACUCUGUUUCUCCCAUGAUUGUAGAUGAUGAAUAAAAAAUAGGCAAAUAAAACAAAUGAAAAUAUUGAGUACGCAAGAUAAGCAUAUAAUAACCGUUUAUCACUUGAAUAUUUGUUUUUACACAGUGAUUACCAGAAUGCACGGAUUACAGAAUUGCAAAGUAAUUAUUUCCGUCACAACGCUGUAUCACAGCUCAGACUGUGUACGUUCAUACUUCAACGUUAAAACAAACUGAAAAUAAAGAUUGUCCAAAACAAAAUUAGGCUAAAAUAAUUACUUAAAAAUAUUUAGAAAGAUACUAUGCUUUGUUGAAAAUUCUUAGACUUCUGAAUCUGAAUGGUAAACAUGAGCAAAAGAAAGUCAUUUUAUGAGACACAACUAAACGUGAUAAAAAACAAGCGAGUACUGAAAAACACCCCCCCACACACAUACCACCACCACCACCUGCAGCAGUGAAUUACAUUUUAGGGUGCUGUGACUUGGAUAGUAUAAAAGUUGGCAUUUGAGGCUGCAUACUAGACUGCGUCUGAUUUUCUGUACAUGCACGUUUAUGACUAUGUUAUCCGUUUAAUAGUUUGUAUGUUGCAUUUUUUUAUUUUUAAUUACCCAUGCAAUUCAUUGAGAUAUUUUGUGUACACCUCUUGUAAAUAGGUCAAGGCAUUCCUGCAGCCCCCCAUGGAAGGCAUUGUACUUGAAACAUACGGGUCUGGCAACGCUCCUGAUUGCCGGCUGGAUUUACUCGGUGAACUUAGGGCUGCCACAGACCGCGGGGUGGCAAUUAUGAACUGUACGCAGUGCUUGCGAGGCUCGGUCACAAUGUCUUACGCAACAGGAAAGGUAUUGCAGCCACUGCAUUUUUUUUUUACAUUUAUUUUUACUCAAAUUGAAACUACUGCAUAGUAGGGAAAGGUAUGAUCUACUUGUAUUUCUGGGAAUUCUGGAAAUGUAGUCUGAGAUUGGAUGCCACUGUGUAUAAAUACUUAUGCUUUAUUAGAGCCAAAGAACUCAGUAGAAAGGUGCCAUUUAACUCUCUCGGUACUGCAGCUGUGAGCUGCAGUUUUUCCUUUCCUGCAGCACUGAAAAUGUUGUUAGAAUUAGCCAGCUAGAAUCUGCGUGGUGAGGGUUUAGAGGGAUGUCUAAACUGCACAAACAGAUGCCUCAGGCUGCCCUUCAUACCUGCUUUUAUUUUUAGAAUGCAAACAGAAAAACAAAUUGAAUAAUAAAAAGAUACUCCUGUUUGAAGUUUCUGUACUUGAUGCAAAUCCCAUUAUUUAAUACCUAUCUAGUGAUCUUUCGCCAAACCAGGAAUAUAUUUAACCACUUGAGAUGCUCACUUCGUUUUCUAUUUUGCAGUCACAAUGCUCAAUUCUCUGCCAUUUAGGAGUUAGAUCACUGUUUAUGCAACCCUAGUCACACCUCUCUGCAUGUGAUUUGCACAGUCUUCCUAAACACUUCCUGUAAAGUCAUCUUAUCUUUAUACUUCCUUUAUUGCAAAUUCUAUUUAAUUUAGAAUGUCUUAUCUCCUUUUCUGUUAAUAGCUUGCUAGACCCUGCAGGAGCCUCCUGUAUGUAAUUAAAUUUACAAAGCAGGAGAUAAAAACUUCUAAAGCAAAUUAAUAUUGGAUUGAAAGUGAAACCAGUUUUGUUUUCCUUUUCUUAGUGCAGGCUGUGUCAGUUAUAGCCUGGGGUGGUGUGGCUAGGGCUACAGAAACAAAUGUCAUUUAACUCCUAAAUGGCAGAGAAUUGAGCAGUGAGACUGCAGAGGCAUGAUCUAUACACAAAAACUGCUUCAUUGAGCUAAAGUUGUUUUGGUGCCUGUAGUAUCCCUUUAAGCUUGGAGAGGCAGUUAUUUUUAAAGUGGCACAGCACUAACACUAAACUAACAAGAUAAGUUCACGCUGCAUUAUCAGUAUACCUCUUAUAGGACCGCUAUAGUGCCAGGAAAACAAACUCGUUUUCCAGGCACUAUAGUAUUAAUAGGUCUCCCCCCACCAUCAUGGCCCCCCUUCCGCCGGGCUCUAGGGGGAGGAAGGGGUUAAAAUCUUACCUUUCCGGGUUCCCUCGGCGCUGGGGACUCUCCUCCUCCUUCCGACGUCAUCGGCUGAAUGCGCAUGCACGGCAAGAGCAGUGCGCGCAUUCAAUCAGUACAUAGGAAAGCAUUCUCAAUGCUUUCGUAUGGACGCUGGCGUCUUCUCACUGUGAAAAUCACAGUGAUAUGCGCGGAAGCGCCUCUAGCGGCUGUCAAUGAGACAGCCAAUAGAGGCUGGAUUAACCCUAAAGUAAACAUAGCAGUUUCUCUGAAACUGCUAUGUUUACAGCAGGCAGGGUUAACCCUAGAUGGACCUGGCACCCAGACCACUUCAUUAAGCUGAAGUGGUCUUGUUGCCUAUAGUGGUCCUUUAAGAGCAAUAACAUUUUUAAAAAAAUAAAAGUGUGAAGUUGCUUAAACGUAUUUAGAGUUAAAGGACCACUUUAGUGCCAGGAAAACAUACCGUAUAUACUAGAGUAUAAGCAGAGUUUUUAGGCACAUUUUUUUUGUGCUGAAAAACCCCCAUUCGGCUUAUACUCGAGUCAGUGUCUGUAUUAUGGCAACUUACAUUGCCAUAAUACAGACCAGGACCGCCGGACUCAUUACAAGCCCGGCGGUCCUGUUCAGCUCCCUUCACCUCCAUUCCGUUCACUUCCGUUCCCUGCAGCUCCAGUGUGAAUCUUGCGAGACCCGCGGCCGUCAGAGCGUUGCCACGGUUUACCGUGGCAACGCUCCGCACGGCACGCAGACCCCGAGACUUACACUGGAGCUGAACGGAAUGGAGGUGAAGGGAGCUGAACGGAGCUGCUGCACAGGUAAGUAACAGUUUGCUCUCGGCCCCCCUCCUGCACAGUCCAUGCCACUGGACCACCAGGGAUUGAGAUAGCCCUCCCUGGCCAUGUAUCAAGCAGGGAGGGGGGGACGGGAAAAAAAAUUAAAUAUCUAAAUAAUACAAAAUAUUAAAAUAAUAUUAUUAUAAAAUAAAAAUGGUUUUAAUAAUAUUAAAAUAAAAUUAAAAAAAAUAUAAUAAAAAUGCCCUCCCCCACCAAGGUAACACACACUAUACACACACACACACACACACACACACACUGCGUUAUACACACACACACACACGCACACACUCUGCAUUAUAUAUACACACGCACACACACUCUGUAUUAUAUAUACACACGCACACACUCUGCAUUAUAUACACACACACACACACACACACUCUGCAUUAUAUAUAUAUAUAUAUAUAUAUAUAUAUAUAUAUAUAUAUACACACACUCUGCGUUCAUUAUAUACACACACUGUAAAUAAAUAUUCAAAUAAUAUAAUUUUUGGGGGAUAUAAUUUUAUUUAGAAAUUUACCAGUAGCUGCUGCAUUUCCCACCCUAGGCUUAUACUCGAGUCAAUAAGUUUUCCCAGUUUUUUGUGGUAAAAUUAGGUGCCUCGGCUUAUAUUCGGGUCGGCUCAUACUUGAGUAUAUACGGUACUCGUUUUCCUGGCUCUGUAGGGUCCUUGGUUCACCCUCUGGGUCCCCCCCCACCCCCGCCGGGCUCUAGGGGAGAAAGGGGUUAAACUUACCUUUUUUCCAGCGCCGGGCUCCCUCGGCUCUGGGGACUCUCCUCCUCCUUUCCCGUCAUCGGCUGAAUGCGCAUGCGCGGCAUGAGCUGCGCGUGCAUUCAGUCAGUCCAUAGGAAAGCAUUCACAAUGCUUUCCUAUGGACGCUGGUCUCUUCUCACUGUGAAAAUCAAUGAGACAGCCACUAGAGGCUGGAUUAACCCUAUUAUAAACUUAGCAGUUUCCCUGAAGCUGCUAUGUUUACAGCUGCAGGGUUAAUCCUAGAGGGACCUGGCACCCAGACCAUUUCAUUAAACUGAAGUGGUCUGGGUGUAUAGUGGUCCUUUAACCCCUUAAGGACACAUGACGUGUGACAUGUCAUGAUUCCCUUUUAUUCCAGAAGUUUGGUCCUUAAGGGGUUAAUGGCAUGCGUUUGCUUAAUUGUCAUAUUAUUGCACGGCUGACUAGCUAUCGUUGAUGAUGGAAACUAUACAUGUGCUGGUCUCUCUUCUGGGUUGCCUUUUCAGUAGUGAGAUCAGGCAAUGCACAAUUUCAGGACUUUAUCAGUGGGUUCUCCCUGAGCUCAUUGUUGGUUCCAGGUGUACGGGCUUUACUGGGUAUUGCUACUUUGUUACAUUGAAUAUUACAGAGAAAUGCUUCCAUUGGGCUAUGUUUGCUCAAAGUAUUAAUUCUCAAAUGGCAGCCUCUCAUUCUAGUUUGCCACAACCGUAUCCACUUCACUCUAACAUCAGAGAUCUUCAGAAGCCCGCCCAUUUUCAACACCUUUAAUAUCUCCCAAAUGAUUCUAGUCUCAAAGCAUUGUUAUCUCUGAAGAGCUACACCCAUGCCUUCUUGUGCCUUUUUAUUGCUAGGUCUGCGUAACUAGUUACUGCCAACACUGAGUUGUCCUCACUUCCUGUGAAACGGUCAAUGCUGAAGUUGGACACAGAUCACUGUGAGCAAUUCACAAGCUGCAUUUGAGCAAUCAGUCAAUCAUUGCAGUUCUUUUGGGAUACUUGAAUUACUUUAUUUGUCAUAGAAAUUUUAAACACAUUUUCAUGUCCUACACAACCACAUGAGGGAACCUGUCCUGGAAAACACAGUUAAUCUCGCAACCCUAGUCAGAAAAAAAGAAAAAAAAAAUUCCUUCCCUUAUCUUUGUGAGGAAUAAUAAUGUGAGUCCGGUGACAAUUGUUGCACCUGGUGAGAGAAGAACUUUGGAAAGUGAGCAGUCUAGUUUGGUUGAAGGACUUGAGAUGGAUUUCCUGAGAUCCUUUGGUUGAUGCCCUUAACAGCUCGUUGCCUACAAUCUGGUAAUGGAGAAGGCAGUAGGUUAUAAUAUUUUCUAGUAUUCUCAAAUAACUGUCCCAGAAAUUGUGCUUCCUUUAGUAUUCAUCUGCCCCUGGAAUGAUAUUAAAAGAUACAACAAUUAUGUUAAUUUAGAAGUUUAAAUGAACGUAAUAAUUUUAAUAUUAUGACCAGCAGUGGAAAUAUACCCAAUCUCUGGGUUGGCCAACCCAACAGAUGGCAGACAAAUAACUUAUUUAUUUCACCACGAUCAUUAUAUUAACAGAUUCAUUUUUUGUUACCCUUUUCAUCUCCAAAUUAUCUCUGCAGGCUCUUAGUGAGUGUGGGGUCAUCCCAGGUUGUGACUUAACUCCAGAAGCAGCUUUGGCAAAAUUGUCCUACGUUCUGGGUAAAACUCAUCUCAACCAGGAGGAGAAACGAAAGGUAUGACAGAGGGCCAAGGCUUAAGAUUCAGUAGUCAAGCAUCUUGCAUUUUAUUAUAAUCAGUUUUUGGUGUUAAACAUCAUGUUCCAAAACAGAUAUCCAAUUGGGUUUAACUUUCCCAUGGCACUAGUACAGGAGAAUGCAUUGUUCCAUUGUGUGUAGGCUAUAUACCACAAUGCAUUCGUUUUAUUGGCAAAUUAUUUACCCAAACGUUCUACCAAAUAAUGGUAUGACCAGGAAGAAUGCUGAACAUGGCCACAUCCAUUGGGGGAUAUUUAUUCAAGUGAUCUAAAAUGUGACUCUCUUCGUAAUAGGAAAAUUUUCAUUUCAGGAAACUGCCAAAUUUGUUGUGGUGGAAAUAUUCCUAAACAUAUUGCAUCAAAGGUAUAAAAAUAGCACAUUUUCAAAAUAGGCCUUCAGGUGCACAAAACAAACAUAAAAACCAGAUGUAAUAAAUUUCACCAGGAAUUCACUGAAACAGAAUAGCUUUGAUAUUACGAUUGAAAUACCUCAUUCUGAGAACCCAGCUUUGUGAUUUGAAGAAGUUAUGGUGCCUGGAGCUAUGUUCUAUGAAAUGUUGCACAUGCAGAGAUUAACCCCACCUCCAGCAGUGUCAUUGGGGGUCGUUAGCCAAACCAGACAGGCUACUAUGAAUUCUGUGCAAAACUGGCAUCUGGAGUCAUGCACCUUAUAGCGUCACAACCCCCAUCCUCUGCUCAGUUCACCCUUAAUAACCUCAUUCCCACUCCAGUGUGGGGAAGUGAAAUCAGUCAAGAAGAACUGGGCUGAUGGGAGAACUUUGUCUCGUCAAUACAAUAGAGGUACGAUUUUAAGCUUUUUUUUUUUUUGCUCCCCCCCCCUUUCCAUGUGGGUGGGAACAGACCAAAAAAGUAACCCUAACCAAAACCAGUGUUUUAUGAAAACACUGGCUUUUGAUUAGAGUAACGCUUUUAAAUCAGGUAAAUUCAGCAUUUUUAAGUAUACAUUCUGUAAUGAACAGUCAAAUUAUUAAAUGUAUAGCUUAAAAAGAUAAAGUAACCUGUUCUCCACGUCCAAGUUGACGUGCCAUGGCUGCUACAAUAUAGCAGAAUUUCCUACGAAGGGACACACUGUGAUAUUUGGAAUGGCAGAAGCUUUGGGGUCCAUUCAAUAACCAGUAAUUAUCAAUAAUUUAAAGAGUAUUCAAGUGUUUAUUGCUGUGAGCCCGCUGCGAGUGGUUUGUUGACACUGUGCGUGUGCUAUUUGUAGAUGCUGUUUGAAAAUCUCCGAGGGGAAAUGACAGUAAGUGCCACUGGAGCCAAAAUCUCUCUCCGGGACAGCAGAUUCAUUCAACUCGUUGCCAAAUCUGUUGGCGUGAGCUGCAAAGAGGUACACAGAGAGAAACUGAAGAUGCAUUUUUAUAAUUCUUCGUAUGUAAGUAAAUGGUUUAACAAAAGGUUCGUGGCUAUACUGGAAAGAAUACAAUAACCACAAAAAAAAACAAAAAAGUGGGUUGUUUAUGCACGCCAACUUCAAAGAUUUGAUCGGAGACAUCUCAGCUUAUUUGGAGGCUCUAGUUGUCUCGCGUAUCUAUAGAUGAAAACUGCUUGUAUGCGUUUAAUUGAAUUUCAAUUUUAUUUUAGCUUUAAAGGAUCACAAAUCUGUGUUUGUCUACAUAAACAAAACAUAAUGUUGAUGAAUGACUAUUAAUUAUGCCAGCUACUGACCUUAUGUAUCUCCAUGUUUUCUUCUUAAGAUAUAUAUAAAUAUAUAUUCCCAUUUCCCGUCUGCCACAUAUAUUUCUUAGCAGGUGCUUGGAAUCUGUUCAAUUUGUCAGACUCGUUAAAUGCCAGAUUUGCAUAUCUAACACCUUUAACUGUGUGAAUCUGAUAAUUGCUGAUUAAAACCCUUACUUUCUACUUUGUUUUGUCUUAUCUCAUUAUUUGUCCGCUUCCAUCAAAUGCUGUAUAGGUUUAGCACAUAAGAGGUAAUUAGCUUUACUGCACACCUGAUUUACCAUAACCACUUGUUUUAGGAACUGGAAGCUGUCAGAGAUGCGUUAACACCAGCUUUAGCUUGUGCCGCUGCUAGGACUGGGGACAUAAACGCUUUGGAGGCAAUUCGUGACAUGGUAACAAAACUGAAAUUUUACAAUACUUAAAUUUUAUAUACAAUGCAAAGCUCAAUUUAUUAUUCAUCUUAAAAGGACAUUCCACUCCCCAAAUAAGAAAACACUAAUUAGUAUAUAAACCACCAAAGAACACAUACGUGCAUUUUUUUUUCAUUGAAGGUACAUCUAAAAACAACUUGCAAAUGCUGCAGGUCUCUUGUCUGCAGCCUCUGCAAACCAUCCCCCUUUAGCCCCUCCCAGACUUUCUGUGGCUGUCCAAUCGCCGACUUCCAAUGCAGCUCAAUGAGAAGUCUUUGCUAGACAGGUGUUCUGGACAAUUGCUGCCUCUUGAGUUUUUCUCCACUGGGCUAAACAAACCAGAAAGUAACAGGACCUGUUGUUGGAUUGACAGCAGGGGGUGUAAUUAGUAUAAUUUAUAAAAAAAAAAAAAAGAAAUUACUGAAUUUCUACUGAAAUCACACAUACAGCAUUCCAGCAAGCUGGAGUGUCCGUUUAAGUCUGGCUUUGUCAUUGCACUGCCAUACCCAACAUGCUUAGUUUGAUGGAGAAUUUAAAGUGUCAAUAUGUAAAAAAGUUUUUACAUAAAAUAGACAUUUUAUGUGAGACCUUGGCCACUAAAAACUAAAAAAAAAAGCAUCCUUUUGGAGCAAUCAAAGUUUAAAUAUUCAUAGGUUUUACUUCCAUACACACAUGUUCAAAUGUAUUUAAAUAUGCUUAUUGUACAAGGUACACUUAUCGUAAAAUAUUUUGUCUUAAUUUUGUUAUUUACACUUUAUCUUCGUUGCCUCAGUAACAAGAUCUUUGUUUUUGUUGCCCUGGUGACCAGGGAGGAAACUUAAGCAGCGAAGACUAUGAUGGCCGAACACCUUUACAUGUUGCGUCCUGUGAGGGGCAUUACACAGCGGUUCAAUAUCUUUUAAAGCAUGGGGCCACGGUGUACGCUAAAGAUCGUAACGGAGAUACGCCGCUGAUGAAUGCUGUGAAAUUCAGGUAAUUGUGAAAAUACAGAUGUACACCUUAAUUGGAUCUUCCCAGCAUAUCUGUGGGAUGGAGCCUGAAUAACAGCGCAUGCCUUGGCAGUGUAACUCCCAAUAAUCACAGCAAGGCUGCGGCACUGAUCUUAGGGUCCUUGGAUUGCACAGUCUGAGUCGCAAUGAGCAAUGUAGUUUUUAUUGUAAAAUGUGACAAUUUCACCCACUGGCAGAAUGAGACAAAAUAUACAUAUUUUUACUUUAUUUUUUCAAUCUGAUGGCAAACCGUGUAUGAAGGGACAAUAAAAUGCUGAUGAUACUAAGAUAUGUAACAGGAUUGAUGUUCCAGGAGGAAUAAGCCAAAUGACAAAUGAUUUAGGUAAAAUAGAAAAAUGGUCAGAAUUGUGGCAACUGACAUUUAAUGUGGAUAAGUGCAAGAUAAUGCAUCUUGGACGUAAAAACUCAAGGGCAGAGUACAGAAUAUUUGAUAGAGUCCUAACCUCAACAUAUGAGGAAAGGGAUUUAGGGGUGAUUAUUUCUGAUGACUUAAAGGUAGGCAGACAAUGUAAUAGAGCAGCAGGAAAUGCUAGCAGAAUGCUUGGUUGUAUAGGGAGAGGUAUUAGCAGUAGAAAGAGGGAAGUGCUCAUGCCAUUGUACAGAACACUGGUGAGACCUCACUUGGAGUAUUGUACACAGUACUGGAGACCGUAUCUUCAGAAGGAUAUUGAUACCUUAGAGAGGGUUCAGAGAAGGGCUACUAAACUGGUUCAUGGAUUGCGGGAUAAAACUUACCAGGAAAGGUUAAAGGAUCUUAACAUGUAUAGCUUGGAGGAAAGACGAGACAGGGGGGAUAUGAUAGAAACAUUUAAAUAUAUAAAGGGAAUCAACACAGUAAAGGAGGAGACUAUAUUUAAAAGAAGAAAAACUACCACAACAAGAGGACAUAGUCUUAAAUUAGAGGGACAAAGGUUUAAAAAUAAUAUCAGGAAGUAUUACUUUACUGAGAGGGUAGUGGAUGCAUGGAAUAGCCUUCCAGCUGAAGUGGUAGAGGUUAACACAGUAAAGGAGUUUAAGCAUGCGUGGGAUAGGGAUAAGGCUAGGGACUAAUGAAAGUAUUUAGAAAAUUGGGCAGACUAGAUGGGCCGAAUGGUUCUUAUCUGCCGUCACAUUCUAUGUUUCUAUGUUUCUAAAAUCGUGAAUGUGUUUUGAAGACAAGACUAAAAUGUGUCCAGAACUUUAAGAUUGCAUUAUUUUCCCUAACACAUACUUUAACAUUAUGUGUUGUUUAUAUUGAAUAUUUUUUAGGGUUAGGCUUGUGUUAAAGAAACACUCCAUUGUCCAAAAAAACCAAAACCCCACAAACACGGUUUAGUAGAUAUAUCCAAGGAAAACAUACAUGCAUUUAUAUAUGCAUUUUUCAUUGGCGAUGUGUCUAAAAACCGCCUUCAGCAUUUGCAAGCCCUCCUCUUCUAACCCCGCCCAGAAUUUCUGCAUCUGUCCAAUCACAGACUUCCCAAUGCAGCUCAAUGAGACGUUUUUGCAAGGUGCUCUGGGUAGUUGCUGCCUCUUGAGUUUAUCUCCACUGAACUAACCAAACCAGGAUGUAACAGGACCUGUUGUUUAACAGCCGGGAGGUGUUACAAGGUGCAUUUAUAAAUGUGGACAUUUCUAGUGAAAUCUGCUUCUUUUGUAAAAUGAUAAAGCAUUUCAGUAAGUGCUUUAGGCAGGCUGAAAUGUCUCUUUAAGGUAGUGUAGCGAUUAAUGUUUUGUGUUAUGUUAAUGUUUAGUGAUAGUGUUUGUGCAGUGUAGGGGUUAAGUGAGUACUUUUUUGGAAGGAAAUUACAGUAACAUGCAUGUAUCAAUGAUGCCUAGAUUUGUAAGAGUUACAGUCCUGUGGGACAGCUAUUUUAGCUUUGGUAACUCCCACCAAUCUCAGGCAGACAGGAACAUGCCACCACCUGUGCAACACCCAGGUCUAAAACAUGAUCUGCCGUGUAAAAUAGUGAGCAGCUAAUGCUAAACAGAUACAAAUCCAUUUCUAAAUGUAGUUUUUGUAAUGCUUUCUUACACCUUGUAACAGCUAGCUUCAGGCUGUAAGAAAUAAUCUAAGAUCUUUCACUUUUUCCUAAAAUGCUGCUUUUAAUUCCUCUUCCCUCACCUUUUAUCUCCAGCCAUCCACAAGCCUAGCUAAAUCUAAUCUGCUGUCUUUAGAUACUCCAGCUACUGAGCAGUGACCUUCUGGUGACUUUUUUAAUUUAGCUGAGAAGGGAUUUGCACAGCUUGGCAUAGUUAAUCAACUAUUACACCAUGUUGUGGGUGGGGGAACUGGCCAAGACAAGGUUAAAUUAAGAAAUCAUAAGAGGCGGCAACAUUCUCCUAAUAUGAGAAAUGGUGCGAUUGGCCGUGCCCAGGCAGUGCCCUGGGUGUUUCUCGAAGGUUUGUUUUAGAUUUAUGUUUUGUUGCCAUUCCUGUCUGCAGGCAAGUAGCCAAUGUGUUAAAACUUGGCUUUGUACGUCUGUGCGCACGCUCACGUCCUUACAAGCUUUGUGUUACAUAAUGUUAUCUAACGAAGGGGUUUUACGAAAGCUUGCAGAAGCCCAAAACCCUGUAAGCCGAUUACUAAAUCUUUAUGGCCGUACGCAGGGUGUCUGCAAUUAAAACCAUGCCAUGGACUCUGUUAGAAAAGUUAAAGGGUGCUGAAACCUCCCCACUUCUCAAUCAGCUGUACUAGAGCUUGUUAAGAAGCAUUGGAAACACACAAUCACGUGUGUGCAUGACUCCUGCAUCGAGACUUCUCACUGAGAGGCCUCUGAUUGGUGAGUUCCCUGGCAUGGGCUUCCAGGCUGAGCCAGGGAUAAAGGGGGGACACUGAGAACGGGCUAAGACCUACCUUCCCCUUCAGUUAGUUCCUACUCAAGUCUCACAAUCCUUUUCUGUUUUGGCCCGUUUAAAAAUUGAACGUUACCUUCUGUUGCUACAAACAAACGUGUAUUUGGUUUUUGAGACUCGUGUCUAGUAGUCGUAUUUGUUAAUUUUAUGUGAGCUGAUAAACUCAGGGAUGUUUGGUUUUAUAACAGUUUUACUUUGUGUAGGUUUUUAUAAAAUGUUUGCUCUACACUUGGUAUGUAAUGUUCAUCUGCAUUUGUUAAUUUUUUUUUUAUACAGCUUCAGGAGUAGCCGGUGUUUUGUUUUUGUGGAAUACAGGAAGUUCAGAAUGUUUGCACCGUUACAUUUUAGUACCGUCUUAACGCACAUUAAUGUAUUUUUAUUUUUCGGUUGAAGACACGUGGAGAUUAUCCAGCUGUUGCGUCAAACCGGAGCGCAUCUGUCAUGGGAAGAACUGGAGCACAGUGGGACUGAACUCUGCAGGUAAGCAGAGUGCCGAGCGAUUCGUUAAGAAGCUCCAUGUGUAGGGGUUAUAACGAAUGGCAAUCAGGAUUUUGUGAUCAUGGACAUAUAAUUUGAAUAUGGAAAUUCCUGGAUAGUGUAUUGUUUUGUUUAUUUUCUAUCUGCAGACCUUCGUUUGUCAAAGUUCUAGAGGGCUUUCAUAGGUUUCUCUAGAGCAAGAGUGUUCAAAAGGGUAGAUCCCCAGAUGUUUUUAAAAGUACAGCUUUCAUGAUGCUGUGCCAUUCUAAUGCAUGCAAAGAAUCAUGGGAGUUGUAGUUCUACAACAUCUAGGGAUCUACCUUUUGGGCAGCACUGAAUUUUCAGAAUAAAUAAGUAACAAAGUACUUAAAAAUAGGACAAUUGGCAGGAAAAUUCUGUAUGGGCUGCAAUGGGAGUUACUACCACUUUGUCUCUCACAGAUUUUUGUAAAUUCUUCUCGUUUACAGAGAAGAUGAGGUUUUUGUUUGUUUUUAACAUUAGCAUUUGGGUAUUAAUAUUACUUUUAAAUAUUUUUAUAUAUAUAGAUAUAUAUAUAUAUAUAUAUAUAGAUAUAUAUAUAUAUAGAUAUAGAUAUAUAUAGAUAUAGAAUGUGUGUGUGUGUGUAUUUGUAGUUUUACUUCUCAAUACCUAUUACACAACAAGCCAACAAUAUGAAAGUAGAAAUUGCCCAUAGGCUUUGUGUGUAGUCAAAACUAGAACCUGUGUUUUUUGUUUUAUAUUACCCUCCUCUUCAAUUAAUUCAAUUAAAUUGUCACCUUAACCCCUUAAGGACACAUGACAUGUGUGAAAUGUCAUGAUUUCCUUUUAUUCCAGAAGUUUGGUCCUUAAGGGGUUAAAGCACCAUACCAGGCUUGCCGCCUGUCAUUUCUGUCCAAAGUAGGACAGAGAACAGAGCAAUGAUGGCAUUAUCUAAUUUGCAGUAGAGGAGCCAGUCUACUUGUGUUGUGGGAGCUGCGGUUUUGGUCAGAGUAGGGGCUCGGUGCCCAAAAUUCUUUGCACUAUAACUACUUCAAAGAUCUGUGCUUAAAAAGCCACCUUAAAUUCACAUGUAACACAACACAUAAGAAGCAAAUCUUAUUGCAUCAGAAUAUUCUGUGGUCGGAGAGCCGUGCUCUGUGAAUGAGAUCAGCCGCUUGUAAAUGCUUGUGGCAGCAGGUGAAGCAUUUGUUACACCUGCAUAAACCUGUUAAUCAUAUGUUUAGUGGCAUGAAAGGGUGCGGCCUACCUGCCAUACAAGUCUUUUUGGCUCAUUUAAUAAAACACACAAAAAAAAAUCCUCCUUUGUACCUUGUCAGACGUAGCCUAAACCUGCAUACAUGCAUUUUGUAAAUCUGGCUGGAAGUCGAGCUCGGAUUUUGAUCUGAUCCUUCUAUACCAGCGUGCUUUCCGUAUCGGUCUACGGAGAGUAUGGUUUACACGUUUUUUUUUUUUUUUACCAAUUCUGAAUCUUUGUGGAAUGACCUACAAUAAUGAUCCUCUAUCAAGAGUUAAAGUGGCAGCAUCGUAGGAAUCUAGUUUUUCAAAAUUCUAUUUAAAUGUUUUUGUUUAUAUAAACCAUAGAAACCUUUUCAGUAUUAAAAAAAGAUGCCAAAUACAUUUUGCUGCUCACUGGCAUCCAAAAGGUCAUGUAGAUGCAUGUGUUUAAAAUGCGGUAACAGCCUGCCCCUUCUAACCCAUUUUGUUAACAGAUGGGAAAUUUGAUUUCUAAUUUAUUGCUCUGACUAUUUAAACCCAAGAUUUUACCAUCCAAUUUAUUUUCUUGGCUGUAAUCGUAAGCUAACAAUGUCUUUUGAAACGAAUCUUGAAAAAGCUGAAUUUCAGUGUUUCAGUUAAUUUUCCGAUUAUUACUAUUUAAUUUUUUUAUUAGAAAUGCAAGCAAACAGUAUAGGCACAAAUUGCAUCGUUGAUGACAUAGAAACACGUUUUAAAAUAAACAAUUCGAAUCUAAAUGAAAUGGAGUAAUAUUUUUGACGUGUAAAAAUAAAAUGUAGCAAUCCACACUUCUUUAUCCUGUUACUGGGCGCCUCCAUCUUAGCCCCCUGUCAAUCAUAGUUAUAAGCUCUGUCCUUUGUACCGGACAGUCGACAUAUGGCUUAGGCUGAACUGGAUUCGGAUGCCAUUUAAAAAUACAUAUUAAAGAAACAGAGCAUAUCAUGGGGAAAACAAAAACAAAACAGUAACACGCGUUGGUGACAACUUUCAAUGUUUUAUUAAAUUGUGUAAAUUCCAGUGACAGUUCUCCCUUUUAAUACCAUAGGGCCGUAGCAGUGAGCCUUCCAAAUUUAUACUAUCCUGUCUGUACUGAAUGAGUGCAUUUAAGGUCUAUGAGGGAGAUAAAUUAAUCUUAACCCCUUAAGGACCAAACUUCUGGAAUAAAAGGGAGUCAUGACAUGUCACACAUGUCAUGUGUCCUUAAGGGGUUAAGAAUCCUUUUGCUAAAUCUUCAUUCAGCAACGUUUUCCCUUCUAUUUCUGACAUUGGAAGCGGUCUGCAGAAGAUGUGGGGAGUGGUGCAUAAAUUGCAUUCCUUUCGUGAAAAGUCAGUAGCUUCAUUUUUCUUUUUGCCCCACCUCGGAUCAGCUUUACCUGUGUAACUGGUUCGGCCGAGUCUGACAAUGAUGGAAUGCAUCCUGCGACAUGUGAAUGAGUUUCAGGUGUUCUACAACCUGGUCAGUGUCUCCAGGAGGCAUUGUAGGACAUUAUCCUCACAUGCCUCCUGGCUAAUGAAUCACUUUUUAUUCAAUAUAUUUCCAGAGAGUGAGAAGGAAGCUACAUGCAUGACCUAUUGUAAAAGGCUGUGUUUUAGGGCUCAGCACUUUUUUUUUUUUAGAGCAAACUUUAUCUGCGACACCGAUGUAGCUUUCUGAAACAGGUUAUGAAAAAAUAUAGAAGUUGUACUUAAAUUUUCUGUUUUGACCUAGUGCGAUUCUCUAUGGCGGUUUGUUUGCAGAAUUCUUUAGGCAGUUUCUCUGCAUAGUUUGAAUGCCCCUAUUUAAUGUAUUCCCCUGAAAGGCGCUGUUCUCGACACUCCUAGAUUAUUGUUAUGGAUUAGUAGAUGGUUUAGGAGCCACUGACAAAUGAAAUGCCCAACUUACUGGGUAUCAUGUAGGCUCUGAGAUUGUUUUUUUUUUUUUUUUUCUAUGGGCUUAGGAAAGUACAAAUUAUAAGCUGCUACGAACAACCUCUGAUAUUUAAAGCAUGUGUAGGAGCUGGUGUAUUAAAUGGCAGUCCACCCAGCAACUGUCGGACCGCGACUCCCAGAACGCACCGAAUUUUAGUUCUGUGGCUGCAGUUGAAUUGACAGGCACAUAUCAAUGUCCUGUAGUUACAUAGCCUAGGUCUCAACCCAAAUCUUUCAUUUAAACACACACACGGUUAUGCAUUAAACGUUCAGUAAGAAUUCCAAAAUUUAGGUAAAAUGUUUGUGACUGCAGAAGAGUUGGGGUUUUAUUCCUGAUUGGCUAUUUUAGCAUUAUUUCUCUCAUUUGCUUUUUAUUUGUAAAAUUUCUGAGUUUAUUGAAUAACCCUGUUAAAGGGGGAGAUGAAAUCAUCCUAUUCAUUUCUAUUAAUCAGAAUUUACGUGCUGGGAACCCAAAAUAUUCCUUAAUUUACAAACCUUACUUAGCGAGAACUAACUCGGAGAAGGCAUUACUAAUAUUGGACAUGGAUUCAAAUAUCACAUUAAUAAUUCAUGGUUUGCUUCCGCUAUCACUGGGGUAAAUCAGCUGCCCCAUCUACAAUUAGAGAAUCCGUCACCGAUACUAAUGGAAUGUCAUCCGGUCCCCCCCACCUUCCCCCGUAUAUGUUUUUAAACCUGUCACUGGUUAACUGGUUUUCUAACUGUUUCAAUGUAGAUACGAGAAAUGGUUUGAAUAGGUCUCUGAAUGGUGUAAUUGAUGCCCUGUGAUGUCAGAAGCACAAUGUAAAGGAGAUAAGACUGAUGAGAUCUCUUUAUGAGCAACUGAUUUAUCAGCGAAAGGGCAAAAGUUAUUACAACGGUGUCUGUUAGGAGAUUUAAAUGAACAUUACGCUCAAAGCUUUUUAUUUUAUAUUUUAUUUUGUUUUAGGAUUUGGAACGGGCUUAAAUAUUGUCAUUGCCCUUCUACCUUGCGGGUGUGUAAACAAUUAUCUUACUUAGAAGUUCUAUAUAAAAAGCAAAAACAUUUUUUUAGCAGAUCGAAAUAUUGCCAAGGGUUGGAAACAAAAUAGACAAUGAUGUGUGCUUUCAUUUUGUCCUUGGUUAAUCACUAGAUAUCAAUCAGAUACAUUCACUUUCUUAGAGAUAAGACUACCUCCUUGAAGCUUUCUAAUUUCCUCCUGUUUUGUUGCACUGUUCAGUCUUGCUUAUUGAGACCUUAUCUCUCUGGCUACAAAGAGCAUCAUUUUUACACUUUCUGCACUGGAGGGAAGCCCUUUAAUUGCACGUUUAACCUUUUCUGAGUUGGAAGGGUUAGUACCAGCACGUUAAUAUGUCAAUAUUUUUUAAACAUUCUUCGCCUACUUUCUUCGCAUGUCUAGAAAUUAAUUUACGUAUAGUAGGUGCAAUUGGCCUUUUAGGCAUUCUAGAGGGUGCUGACCCCAAGAGUUGGUGCAAGAGUUUCCAUUCAGUGCUUGUUAGGACCAGGGGUCACCUCUACACAAAGACUUAAUGAGCAGACUGUGCAAAAUGUCUGUCCUCAGGACAGGUGGCACAAACCAAAAGUCCAACGAUCAAUAUGUUCUGUUUUAGAACCUUGUUCUUCUUUUUAACAGUUUGGCUUCCAUUGGUGACGUUGAUGGACUGACCGCUUGGGAAUUCGCAGGAGCGGACAUGAAUCAAACAGGAUAUGAUGGACAAACUCCAUACCAAGUAGUAAGUGUGAUAUCGUGCGUGUGUUCCUAUUUUGUCUCCCGCAUAUCUGAAUGUGUUAGAAUGUUUUUAAAGAAAUUCCAGUACAGUCAAGACUUUUUCAUAAAUCUUCUAUUAAUUAUGUUACAAAUGUCUAACUGACCAUACCUCAGAAACAGAGUUUUUUUUUUCUCUAACAUUUCUUACACCAGGACUUGACAAAUUUGCUUUGAAUCUAGGAGCCAGUUUGAAAAGUUAGGAGCCAGUUUAAUUUUCAACAACGAAAAUACAAUUCUUAAAGGGACACUAAGGUCACCAGAACCAUUAAAGGCUAAUGUAGUGGCUCUGGUGUCUAUAUAGCCUGUCCCUGCAGACUUUUCAAUGUAAACACUGUCUUUCCAGAGAAACAGUCACUCAAACAGCCACUAAAGUGUCUCAUAUCUGCAUGGAGGUGCAGAAUGCUCCCCAUAGAGAUGCAUUGAUUUAAUGCAUCUCUUUGAGGAGAUGCUGAUUGGUGUAGCAUUUUGCCGCGCAUGCUCAAUAGCUCCCAAUGCUUUCCUGUAGGAAAGCAUUGGAUUGGUUGAGAUCAUCAAGAUUGAUAAUCUCAGCUAUGGAGACAGGCACGGCGUUGGGAAAAAAUUCCAAAGCACACAGUCAAACACACAUAGAGAGAUGUCACUUGUACCCACAUAAAAAAGAUAAUAGAUAUUUUUAGCCACCCUCCGGUUUCCUACCUUUUGAGUUCAGGAGGGUGGCUUCCCAGGGGUCCAGUGGGACUGGGCAGCAGGUGGUUGCAGGAGGGCUUGCUGCGGUUGAUGGGGGAGUGGGAUGCCGCUCUGUUUAGACUCCCCCUUCUGCUCCUGUAUCUCUGUUCGCCAGGAGUAAGUGAACUUUAAUGACUUUUUCCUUGCUCUGAGGCCGCACAGGGGAAUGGGCGGGCAGCCGGCUCUGCAGAAUGGAGGCGGGUUGAGGGCGUACUCUGCGGUAUGCGGGCGGGGGCGUGCUCUGCAGUAUGGAGGCUCUGUGGAAUGGGGGCGGGUAGCAAGCAGAGCAGAUUUUACUAGGUGUCCUGCCAGCUUGUGGUUCCUCUGCGUGGCCUCAGCACCGGAAGGAAGUAGUUACAGUUCCCUUCACUUCCUUUCGGCGCACGGCGUUGAGGCAGGAGGAGGAGGGAAAAGGCUAAGCAAUCCCAGACGCCAGGGCAAAAUUCUUAGUCGCCAUGUCGACCUGGCCCUGGGGAUUUGUUGAGCCAGGUCUUACACAACACCCAUAUGUGGAGUAUUUAGGUUAAAACCAGUCAUUAAUAAGUUAAAUUACAGUAUUUAAACAUUGGCACAUUACCGGGUUGAUAAAAUAUACCCAUUAUAUACUGAUCAAACGAAGGAUAAAAACGUAGAAUGUUGAGUGCAAUCAAGAGGGUGGUGGAAACAAUGUUGGGAGCACGUGAACUUGAAAUAUGAAGUUUCAAGUAUGGUAUUAUCAGGUGUGUAUUACGAGUUGGAUUCAGUGCUGCUCUAUGAGAAGCAUCCUAUUGGUGGAUAGCCUGCCCCGAAAGAGGCAGAGAAGUUUUUAAAUAUAAAAAAGUGGGGUGGACAAUAGUCUCACAUUAAAAACAAAUAUGUAUGUUCUGUGUUGGAGUAAUGCAUUUUGUAUUUAGAGUGUUCCUCUAAAGCACAUGACUUUUUUUUUUUCUACAUUGUUACAGAGAUAUUUUACAUUUUUCUUUCUUACAGGCAGAAGCUGUUGGCAAUGAGGAGGUUUUGGAGUUUUUUAAUGCUAAAAAAUCUCAGGUGAGAAUAACUUUUGCAGAAUGUUGCAUCAUAAUCCUGCCUCCUUAGCCACGCCUCCUCACUCCAUAAAAAGACUUCCUGUAAAAUGUAUGUACACAGCUCAGCCACUGAUAGAACUGAAUGAUGUGACCUGCAUUAGGAGAGGACACCCACAGAUACAUAUAGUAAGGACAUUACUUCCUGUGUAUAGAGUCUUUAGGUUAUGAAUUAAAAGUAGCAUUUACUCAAAACACCAAAGCUGAGAUCACUGAUUAGCUAAUAAUCCAAUAAUGGACAGGAGUGGAGAACUGCAGUAUUGAUUAAUCCCUAAUACACAGACAGUAGCCAACGCCGUGAUGUUAGGGGUUGAGCGGUGUCCAUGCGUUUAAUAAAGAAGGGUUUUUUUCUUGGUAGAAGGAGUUGAGUCUAAUGAGAAAAUCUUGUGAUGCAGCAAGUAAAUAAUUUUUUAUGUAUAAAGAUGCAAGCAGGCAAAAAAAUAUAGCAUAAUAUAUUAAAGUUGUAUUGGUGCUCAGAGUGUCUCUUUUAUGCCUGUUUUGUAAAGGGACACUGCACCAUAACAACUUCAUUGGAAUUAAGUUGUAAUGGCACAUGAAAGUCGCGGGCGCCAGCUUACUUUUGGGGCUUUAACUCUGAAGUCUUAAAUCCGGCACCUGUUUGCACCUGUUCUCAGUCUAUUCGUAGUUUCAAAGUCACAAAACCAAGUGAAAAGAUACAUACCUUUAUCAUUGCAUUUUGUGAAAGAGGAGCUACUGUUCGGUUUACUCCUAAAAGGCACCCUCCAGGUACCAUAACAACUUCAAACAGGUCUGAGUGUUCCUUUUAGAUAAUCAAAGUUUUUUUUUUUGUGCUGAUAAGGAUGAGAUUAUUAUUGGAAUUCCUCCAAAACAAAUGCAGAGCCAGUUUGAGAAUUUACAAAGGAUAGUAAAUCUAGAGAACUCUCUCUGUAGGUGAUUGUCUGUAAAUUCAUUUAAUUUACAUGAUUUCAUGGCAAUGUUUGCCUGUGAGCAUGUUUCUGACCCAUUACACAAUACAUUAGGAGUUCCUUUUAGAAUGAUGCACAGCCCUGGUACAUACAUAGCAUUUUCCAAAUUUCACAUGUGCGCAUUAAAUACAACUCCCUUAAUGUCAUUCGUGCGUAAAUUAUCCUCCCUUCCUUAAAGGGACAGUAAUGGCAUAGCUCAAGAAACGUGUUCAGAGUCUUCUCUUGUAUUUUAUUGCUGUAGGGAGCUGUGCAUUUAAAACACUGCAUAAAGAAGCCGUUAAAUAGACAGACAUAAACAUGACUACUUGGUAUUUUCAGCCAGGUAUAAUGCAACUUGGACAAUAAGUAGAAAAUACACAGAUAAUGCCUUAAAAUGCAGUCCUUUUGGAUUGAUAAAAACUAUAGCUGCCAAGUGUUCCUAAUCUGGCAGGACAGUCCUGAUUUCCCAUGUGAUCCCAGAGAAAAUUGUGAAAAAAGUAAAAAUGCAUAAAUGUUCCUUUAAUUUUGUUACAAAAAAAUGGCAGUGCCCAUGUAAUUUACUUAAAGGAACACUCCAGGCACCAAAACUAAUUCUUGAUCCAAAGAGAUAUCUCACUGCCAUUCCGGGGUCGAGAAGGAAUUAUUUCCUAGUUUGUUACAGAAUGCUGAGUUUUUUUGCCUUCUUUUGAAUAAAUAGCAAAAACAGAUAUGAGAGAGCCUGAACUUGAUGACCGCAUGUCUGUUUUUAGCCUAUGUACAGCCCGAUGUGGUGGGUAUGGGGCCAACACCACAGUAAAUUGUCAAACUGCUUUUAGUUCAGGAGAAGCCGAACAUGUCUGUAGAAUAAAGCACAGCCAAGUCAGGACAGUGUUUUUUGGCUGAAAGUGCCUAGCUGAUGCUCUGAACUAAUGAGUGUAGUGCCGCAUGGCCUUGUUUUGCGUUGUGUUUGCAGGGAGAAGUUGUAUUUGGGAGUGGGCUAUUGCAGGAAGUGUAAAAAAAAAGCGCCUAAGCCCAUGGCCAUACAUCUAAUUAUCUAAAGCCUCAGACCCUAUAGAAUAGACAUACAUCAGAUUUUCACUGUGCCAUUUGUUGCUAGUAUGGCUCCAUGUGCGAUUCUGACUUUGAGAAGUAUUGGAUAGAGGUGGUUUGUCCAGUGACGUGUCACCAUUGUCUAUAAUGAGGCAACCCACUGAACCCCCAGUCUACAGGACCUUGCAGAGAGUCCUAGUGAUUUGUUCAUGCUGAGCUACCAGAGGAGGGAGAGGUAGUUAUUUUGGUGACUAGUGUUCCUAUAAAGAGGACAUGGUCACUAUUUUAGGGGAUUGACAAACCAGAGUCUCUACUGGCACACAGAAAAUUCGUAGCAGAGAAGGUGGGCUCUAUUACGGAACUGAACAUUAGCUGGCUGGCAAUGAUAGGCUGAGAGUGAUGGGGUUGGGGUUAAUACACUUGUUUGUCAAAGUUUCCAAUUAAAGGACCACUCUAGGCACCCAGACCACUUCAGCUUAAUGAAGUGGUCUGGGUGCCAGAUCCAGCUAGGGUUAACCCAUUUUUUAAUAAACAUAGCAGUUUCAGAGAAACUGCUAUGUUUAUGAAUGGGUUAAGCCUUCCCCUAUUUCCUCUAGUGGCUGUCUCAUUGACAGCCGCUAGAGGCGCUUGCGUGCUUCUCACUGUGAUUUUCACAGUGAGAGCACGCCAGCGUCCACAGGAAAGCAUUAUGAAUGCUUUCCUAUGUGACCGGCUGAAUGCGCGCGCAGCUCUUGCCGCGCGUGCUCAUUCAGCCGACGGGGCGGAACAGAGGAGUAGAGAAGGAGGAGAGCUCCCCACCCAGCACUGGAAAAAGGUAAGUUUUAACCCCUUUCCAGAGCCAGGCGGGAGGGGGUCCCUGAAGGUGGGGGCACCCUCAGGGCACUAUAGUGCCAGGAAAACGAGUAUGUUUUCCUGGCACUAUAGUGGUCCUUUAAUCAUUGAUCAGUUAAAGUAGAAAUUACAAAAUAAAUCUAUCUGGAUUCUAAUGUUUCUCUAUUUUUUAUUCUUAGGUCUUUCUCAAUGGAAACACAAGUGAUAAAGAUAGCUAUUUAAGCAGCUAAGUGGUAUUAAAUAUUACAGUGAGCACAUCAAAAAAUUUAACAAUGCUGAUUUCUAAAGGACCUAAAUGCCUGCUUUCCUUAGUCUUUUGGUUCUGCGAUAUAUCGGUGUUGUAAAAGUAUUGACCUAGAUAAGUUACACCAUAUUUAUGUUUUAUUUCAUUACUGCGUUUAUGUUGUGUAAUGUGUGUGGAUGUAUUGUACUUUGUAUGGUGGGGAAUGUGUAGUUGUAAUUGUAUUUUAUGUUUGAAGAUAUUUCUAAUAUUGUAUUUUAAUGUUUUACAUUUCACCGUGUAAACGCUGGUGUGUUGUUUGUAAUUCUAGACACACAUCGCGUGUGAUUUGCUGCUGUAAUAUGUAACCUACAUUUGUUAAUGCGUAAUUGAUCGUGAAUGUACAUUUUGUCUCUGGAUCUAGAAAUGUAUUCUCAGUCUAGUCUGCUAAAUUAUCUCCUAUUAAAGGAAAAUGGCUGCUGCACAUGAACCCCUACUCAUGCACUAUGGAAAUAAUUAUAUAUAUUUUAAUAAGAUAUUCACCCCUAAAUCACGGAGAUAAACUGCUCCUUCAUCAGUGUUUUAGUAGACCAGGAAAAAAAUAAGGUCUCUCCACCAAUCACAGUGGGGACAUUGAUCUCAAUGGAAGUGCUGUUUGUGGAGGACCAUUUAUUUUGUACAUGAUCUAAAAGCAGCCAUGUAUUUUUAAUAGGUUCGCAAUGCAGUACAUGGCUGCGUAACCUUUUAACAGAAAGCAACGACAGACCUGUACGUAUCCCGUGAGCGUUCCGUAUAGUAAAGUGUUUGCAAGAUAUGUACAGGUGUAGUUUUCAUUUAGUUAAUUCCUCUAACAAUUUGACUGAGUUUGAAGAAAGGAGGGCCAUAAGAUAAAGGUUCUCUGUAGGCACCAAAACGUAUUCUCAUUGCGAACGUCACACUGGCUUAUUACAUUAGUAUCUUCCAAAAAGAAGUAAAGUGUUAAGACUGUGCCUCUUCUUUCAGAGACCAGAGACGUAAGUUUCACUUCCUCCUUUGCCAUCCAAAAUCUGUCCAAAUUUACCCCACACUGCUGGAGACUCGAGCUUGGGAAAGUGCUGUGCCUUUGCUUUUAGCUUAUUUAACAGUUCCACUCAUCAUUAGGAUCAGUGGAAUUACAAUGGACAUGUCCUACAGGUUCUUAAACUCCUGCUGGCCAGGAGUCUAUGAGAAAAAAUCAGACCCUAUUGACUAGAAUGAAACCUCUUUCUGGUCAAGGGAUUUCUGCUUUUACUGCUUGGCUCUUCCUUGGUUCUGUGUUUACCCGAAUAUUAUUACAGCAUUUCUGUCCAUAUUUCGACAUCAUUCAUUCGAUGAACACUAAAGCUGUCAUUCAAUGAUUGCUGCCCAAACUUGGACAAAACUGAUAUCGCCAUGGAGAAAUGUAACGCUUGCAUAUGCAAAAUGGCGGUGAGGCAACUGAACCUUGAUUUGUGUCAAUCCGGAUUUAAUUGUCCUAUUAGCUACACAAUAAUAAAUGUAAAACAGGACGUUAGAAAAAAAUAGUUCACACACCAGCAUGAAAAAAAAAAAAAUCUACAUUAAACUUUGUUUUGUUUGAAACCAAUCAAGGAAAACUUGAAAUGACGGGUCUGCUAAAUUUUAACUAUUUUUUUAAUUUUAUUUUUUUACGCAGAAUAAUCCAUGUUCUGCCUGUGUAGAAAAGCACAAUUUUGCAAUCUUUGUACAAUGCCAGUAAUUGCACAAUCCAAUUAAAAUGCAAUAUAUAAAACGAAGUGUAGUAUUAGGUUUAUCGACAUUAUGUACGUUGGUCGGAUCUGGUUGGAACUUCAGAGUACAACAUAUCACCACGAGUGGUCCAAUUUUGCAACUAUGGAGCGGAAUUUCAACUAGCCACUCGUAGGUAGUGAUGUUCACUACAGCCUCAACCCUAGCUGUAAAAGUCAUUUAGAUGAUUUUGUUCAAUGUGAAAAAAUUUCAGAAAUGUACACUUUGAUAUGUUGAAAAAUAAAGCAUGUAUUUAAACAAUGA